GGCGCAGUUGGUGCGUCCCCCGCUCCUCCCCCCCCCCUCCGCCGCUCGGUGCUGCAGGGAAGGCGAAGCGGAGGCGGCGGGUGCUGCUGGGCUGACAGGACAAUGGCGCUGCUCCCCUCGGCACGGAACCCCCUGCUGCUGCCCCCGGCCCGAAGGGGGCGCCCCAAGGCCCGAGGAGGGGCCCAGCCCAGCGUCAGGUGAGGAGGGGUGGGGGGCGAGGGAGGGGGGAGGUGACAGGGGGGCUGCCCUGGAGAAAGGAGAGGAGGGGGGAGGAGGGAGAAGGGAGAGAGGUGGGGGGGCAGGGGGGAAGGGGUGGGAGUGAGGGGUGGGUGGGGGGAGACGAGGAGGGGGACGCGGGGGGAGGGGAGGGGAGCAGGGGGUGGGGUGGGGCUGCCCUGGGUGGGGUCUAGAGGGAGUGGAGGAAAAGGUUAUGCAAAAGUGGGGGUGGGGUGAACAUGCAUUAUUUCAUACAUGCAUAUAUAUAUAUAUAUGCGCACACAUAUACAUACACACAUAUAUACACGUAUAUGUAUAUAUUGUCUUCACCACCAUAAGGUCCCAGGGCAGGUUGCCACCCGCACAAAAUCAAAAAUCCCAUGAAACAAAGCCAGAACAUGUGGCCUUAAGCAACAAAGGAGGUGGCCUUGCAAAAAAAAAAAAAUCUUAUCUGCCUGAGCAACUGUCAAAGGGUUAGGGUCCUGCGGGGUGUAAGGGGUGGGGAAUGCCAUGAUGCAGAUAUUCAGGGGGGUUGCUUUGGUGCAGGUGUGGGGUGAGGGAUGCCUGGGGAAGGGGUGCUUUGGUACAGAAUCGGGAUGCAGUAUAUCUAGGGGUGUCAAUAAGGGCAAGGGGUAUCUGGGAGGCUGGGAAUAGGGGAGUUGUGCAGGCAAGAGCUGAGGUUGGGAAGGGUUAGGGGGCGCUGGCAGUAGGUGCUGCUUGAGGGAUGCAGGGCAGGCAGUGGGGAAGGGCUACAGGAAGAUGGUGAGGGGCCUGGUGGGGGGGUGGACAUGAGCUUUGGGUGGAGCUGAGGUGGGUUCUGUUGGAGGGUCUGCCUUGCUGCAGAAAUAUGCAGAGGGUCAAUGAAGGAGAGGGGCUGUUGGGUCCAGGUGGAGGAUAGUAUGGCCAACAUGGGGUCACCUCAGCACAGAAUAUGCAGGGGGGUGAGUAAGAGUUGUAAGGAGGCUAGAGGGUAAGAUGUGUAGGGAGUGGGUCAUUGGGUGGUGGGUCCAGGAAGGGUAAGGGCUUUGUUGCAGAUGUUUACAGAAUACAGGAAAUUGGUGUGGGGUAGGAAGCACAGGGGGCACCCAGAGGCAGGAAGGGUGUGGAUGCAAGACUGGGGAGCUGCCUUACCAGUUUGCAUUUGGCCCUCUCCGUCAGGGCUCACAUUGGUUUUGUGGCACCCUUUUUCAGGGACCAAAUAAUUCAAAAAAAUUAAAGUCUCACCUGAGCAUACCCUUGGGAGCAGAUCCUGUUGAUUUGGGUUCCAGGCAAGUUUAGGGUAGUAGAUCAAAUUCCUAGUUAUUCUACCCGCACCCCACCCCCUGACAAAGUGUAUUCAGAGAGCUAAGAGUUUGCCCAGGGCCCAACCCCUAUGUGGGUGAGUAGUUAGGUUGAUAACAGAGGUUGGAGAUAAGUGUGCAUUGAGAUACCAGUUACUGAAGGCAGCUAGUAGGAUGAGUUGUGUGUGUGUGUUGCAGUGUCUGGGCCAGUAAGCAGUGCCCUGUGGAUGCAUUUGAGCUCUCCUGGCACCUUUUCGAGUUGUCGGUUAUCAGUCUAUCAGGCAAGAGUCAUAGAAUCAUGGGUUGAGGAGAGAAGAGUCUUGGCUGCAUGCCUUGGGUCCAGUACAGUUUCAAGACGGAAGUCUUCAAGGGAGUCAAAGAGUGUGAUGGAAAAUGGCUGGUGUUGGUGUGGGACUGAAAAUAAGACUUGGGAACAGGUAGUCUCUUGGAUUGUUUCCCUAUCCUUCAUGCAGGAUAGGCUGAUGGAGGGAGGUGGAGAAAGCUGUGGUGGUGGGUUCAGAAUGUUUGGGACACGUCAGAUUGGUGGAGGCUCUAAUAAGGAGGUGGGUUGUGGUGGUGAUGGGACUUUAGGAUGGGGCAGUUUGGGAGGGUGCAUGUUUGAAGUGGUUACUUUGGGGGAAAGGAUGUAGAGAGGAUAUAAUAAUAAUAAUAAUAAUAAUAAAUUUUAUUUAUAUCCCGCCCUCCCCAGCCAAAGCCAGGCUCAGGGCGGCUAACAACAAACAAAUAAUCAAACAAUCAAAUAAUCCAACAUUCUAACAUUUCAUUAUAAAAUUAAUUAAAAUCAAAUUAAUGGCAACCGUUAAGCAAAGUUCUGUGCAGGUUGCCGGAGGUGGAGUCAGGCUGGGCCCUGACCAAAGGCCUGGUGGAACAACUCUGUCUUGCAGGCCCUGCGGAAAGAUGUCAGGUCCCGCAGGGCCCUAGUCUCUUGUGACAGAGCGUUCCACCAGAUUGGAGCCGCAGCCGAGAAAGCCCUGGCUCUAGUUGAGGCCAGCCUAACUUCUCUGAGGCCUGGGACCUUCAGGAUGUUUUUAUUUGCAGACCGUAGGUUCCUCUGUGGGGCAUACCAGGAGAGGCGGUCCCGUAGGUACGAGGGUCCUAGGCCGUAUAGGGCUUUAAAGGUUAAAACCAGCACCUUAAACCUGAUCCUGUACUCCACCGGGAGCCAGUGCAGCUGGUAUAGUACCGGAUGAAUGUGAUCUCGCAGCGAAGACCCCAUAAGGAGUCUCGCCGCGGCAUUCUGCACCCGCUGGAGUUUCUGGGUCAGUCUCAAGGGCAGCCCCACGUAGAGCGAGUUACAAUAAUCCAGUCUGGAGGUGACCGUCGCGUGGAUCACAGUGGCUAGGUCAGGGCGAGAGAGAUAAGGGGCCAACUGCUUAGCUUGGCGGAGAUGAAAAAAUGCCGCCUUUGUUAUAGCUGUAAUCUGCGCCUCCAUAGAGAGGGAGGUAUCGAAGAUUACACCCAAACUCUUAACGGACGGUGCUGGCACCAAUUGCACCCCCGCAAGAGAUGGGAGUUGCCCCCCCAAUCCCAUAUCGUCCCGUCCCAGCCAGAGGACCUCUGUCUUCGAAGGAUUUAACUUCAACCGGCUUCACGUAACCAUCCAGCCACAGCUUCCAAACAUCUGGUCAGUGUGUCUGGGGCCGAGUCAGGAUGGCCAUCCAUCAACAGAUAGAGUUGGGUGUCAUCGGCAUACUGAUGGCAACCCAGCCCAAAACUCCGGACAAGCUGGGCGAGGGGGCGCAUAAAGAUGUUAAAAAGCAUCGGGGAGAGUAUCGCACCCUGAGGCACUCCACACACCAAGGAGUGGCGGGAUGACAAUUACCCACCAAUCGCCACCCUCUGUCCCCGACCGGAGAGAAACGAGCGCAGCCAUUGAAGGACUGUGCCCUGGAUCCCCACGUCGGCAAGGCGGUGGUCCAGGAGUUCGUGAUCAACCAUGUCGAAGGCUGCUGACAGGUCUAGAAGAAUCAGCAGCCCCGACCCGCCUCGAUCCAGCUGCCUGCGGAGAUCAUCUGUUAGGGCGACCAGAGCCGUCUCGGUCCCAUGACCAGCGCGGAAGCCAGACUGGAAUGGAUCCAGAGCCGAUGUUUCAUCCAGAAACCUACCAAGCUGUUCAGCAACCGCUCUCUCAAUCACCUUACCCAGGAAUGGAAGAUUCGAAACCGGGCGGUAAUUGGAUAGAUCUAAGGGAUCUAAUGAUGUUUUCUUUAGGGGAAAUAUGCUUUAGGGGAGAGAUUGUAAGGACAGGAUACAAUGAAAGCAGGAGUUCUUUGGAACCACUGCUUCUCCUCUGUCAUUUGGAUGAACGUUGAGUAUGUUGGGCAACAAUAUUAUGAACUGGAAUAUUAAACACAAUGACAUUUAAAUAUGCUUGUAGAGAGCUGGAUGAGGUCCUGUACCACUGUAAAGACAGGGCAAUGCAUCCUUUAAAAUAGACUAAAAUAAAAGCCAAGGCGUUUUGGUGAGAUACCCCUUUGGAGUCUUGGAACGUGCGAAAAUAUUUCCCAGCAUCUUUUCUUUUGUUCCCAGCCUCCCCUCUCCUUUCAUAGCAAAUCCACAAAGCGAGGAUGAGAUCAAAUUCUUAAAAGUGUGUGCGCGCAUGCCUCUUAAGCCCUCCCAGACAGGCACAAAGAAUAGCAGCCUUUCUCUUUGCAAUAUGUUUACAUGGCUGCCUGUGUGAAGGUUAAAUUCCUCUUUCUUGUGGGGUGGCAAAUUAAAUUAGUCACAAGUGUGUGCGUAGGGGGGAGAUGCCUAAGGGGGGGAAUCGUCUGCAGGCCUGUGUUUUACAGUUGUUCGUGUGAGAAAAGCCCCGUCUCCAAAUAAUUCCUGUUCAGUAAUUGGAAAGAAUGCAAGACUUGGCUUCUGAUUUUUUUUCUUCUUCUGAGUUCUGAUUAUUUAAGCUUUUUUUUUUUUUUUUUAAAAAAAGCAAGCAAGCAAAUGGCUUCUAAUGAAGCUCUAUUAGCUUAGCAGAGCGAAUGACCUUGGGAAAGGAGCUGCUGUUUCAGAGCUACCUUGGGGAUUUGUUCCGGAGAAACAGAUGUAAGUAGUGAGCAGCCUACAACAUUUGCCCGCCCCUUAGAAUGUCAUCUGUUCACAUUCUCCUCCCAGAUCGCAAUGGCAUUCCAUUCCAAUUCCACCCCCCAUUCCUUGUUUAACUUAACGGUACUUUGCAAAUCAAAUGGUGCUAAGAGAGAAGCAGUUGCCUCACUGCAGAAAAUGUACUUCCUGGGUUGCUAAAUGAGCAAAUAUAACAGUGUUUGCACAAAGACUGGCUGUGUUUCUCUGUGCCUGUCUUCCUAUGCUACAACUGGAGAAAUGUCACAAGAUGAUAUUUCUUGUGUCUCUUUCAAGCACUUCAAAAUGAGCGGGCUGGAGCUAGAGUUUGGCACGCAAACAACCAAAAGCCCUGGCUGCCUGUCAAAAGGGAAAGGGAAACAUUUUCCAUGUUCCUUAAAUAAAAUUCCGUUAAACCGCUGAAUGCGCAGCUCCCAUAAAGCAUGAGAGCUUAUUUAAAUUUAUAAAUUCCCUCUUCAAAUGACAGUAACCGUGAAGACAUUUGGAGCCCAGAAGAAUGUUACAGUGGCGUGUCUCCUUCCCUCCUGCAUACAGGGGUCUCUCUAGCAAGCCCACCCUGGUCUACAUGGCUGGCGUCCUUUCCUUAAUGAGAUCUUCCAGGCCUCAGUAAACCAGUCCUGCUCAGUUAUAAUAAAUACCCUCCCAUUCUUUGCAUGCUCUCUUUGCUGCUGGGAGUGGAGUGGUGGAUAUAGCAUUGAGUUUGGGCCUGGAGGUGGGAGAAGCAUGUUCAGAUCUCUGCUGAAGUUCAAAUGUGUGUUCUCUUUUCCCAGACCACCUCUCCACCCAGUGACUUUAUGGGAGCUAUAGCAAGAUAAGGGUCCAUGCUCAGUUCAUGGUCAACUCAUACCUCUUCCACUCGACCCAUAUGUUGGUUCGCUCCAAUGCUGAGCUGAAUUGACUCUGUGAGCAUCUUGGAUGUUCAUUCUCUUUGUGAAACAUAUCCCUUUUCAUGUCUCUUUGGUUUUCCUUCUUUGAUGGUCUCCUAGGCUGCAACCCCACCAUUGACCUAGGCAGUUCCACCACCAUACUUCUCCCUCUUCUUUUCUAGGAUUGCUUUUCCUCCAGCUUGGCAUCUGAUCUUAGAGAUAGAAGCUGCUAUGUGGAAGCCCCUUACUAUAGGAGUCUUUCACUGCAAUAUCUGCUGCAGCAGGGGAAGGGAGACUUUUGGCUUGCAGUGUCUACUAGACACCCCAAGAUGUACUAACUGGAUUUGGGUGCAAAAACUUAAAAAAAUAAAUCAUUUCCUGAUUACCCCGGGGAAUGGCUCAGUGCCUGAGGAUCUUCUUUGUAUGCAGAAGGUUCCAGGUUCAAUCCCUGAUCUACUACAAAUCACCCAGUGAUCCAGUAGUAGAUCUUGCCCUAUCUUCUGCCUUUCCCUUUGCUACAGAAUGGCUUUUUGGGGGAAGAAGCACCCCAGAUUCUUUUGCACCCCUAGUAUGCCCUAGUAAAACACCCUUGCAAAUAAGUCCACAACUGUUGCUAGUUCACUUGACCUCGUAUACCCAUAGGUGUGGUGUUAUUUUUCCCAGGCAGUCUAGAUAGCGCUGUGGCCAUCCGUAUCAAAUGUAGCACAGCCUGUUGGCUGACUUUAUCCGCACAAAGACUUGAGAUGAAAGUGAGACACGCUUCUUGCCGGCUGGCUCUGUUGAUAUCUCCAAAAACAUCUCGCUCCACCCUUUCGUUAUAUAUCUCUGCCAAGCGAAAACAACAUUGAGUGCAUCUGAUGAAAUGGACUCUAUUCCAUAGAAACUUCAGCCACAAUAAAUUUGUUAGGGCAGUAUUUGGUGUUAGUCAUACUCAGAGUAGACAUACUGAAAGUAGCUUAAGUCAGGGAUCAGCAACCUUUUUCAGCAGGGGGCUGGUCCACUGUCCUUCAGACCUUGUGGGGGGCCGGACUAUAUUUUGAAAAAUAUAAAUUCCCUGCAAGCCGGUCCCGCAGCUGCCUCCGGACCUGGAGGAGGAACGCACUCUGGACGCUUCAGGUUACAUACGCUUCAGGUUACAGACUCCACUAACCCAGAAAUAUUACCUCGGGUUAAGAACUUUGCUUCAGGAUGAGAACAGAAAUCAUGCUCCGGCGGCGUGGCAGCAGCUGGAGACCCCAUUAGCUAAAGUGGUGCUUCAGGUUAAGAACAGUUUCAGGUUAAGAACGGACCUUCGGAACGAAUUAAGUACAUAACCAGAGGUACCACUGUACAAUACAGAACUAGGAAAUGAUGGUGAAAUGUUUUUCCCCCACUAACCUCCAGUGCUAAGAGAUCUGUGCAAUACUUUCCUCAUUUACUUAAAGCAUGGAACAAGUGAGCAUAAGAGACAUGCUGGAUCAGACCAAAGGCCUUCCUAGUCCGGCGUCCUGUUGUCACAAUAGCUGACCAGACAACCCCCCAAGGGGAGGGCCUCAAGCAGAACAUGAAGGCAGUAGCCCUCUCCCAUUGUACCCCAGCAACUAGUAUUCUCAGCCAUGCAGCUUCUGAUGUUGCGGGAAGUGUGAAGCCAUCAAUAAACUAAUAGCCUUAUCCUCCAUGACUUGGCCCCCGAUAUAGCUUUAAAAGGGGAGUAAGGAACCACCGCAGCUUGUGGUGGCGAAUUCUAACUUUGCUAUGUGAAGUACUUCUGUUCGUCCUGACUCUUCCAGCAUUUAGCUUCAUGGGAUGAUCCCAGCUUCCGGUACUAAAUGAGAGGGAGAAAAACUUCUUUCUAUUCAUUUCCCCCACACCAUCCAUAAUCUUACACACCUGCUUAUUGUUUCUCUCCACCCCAUUUUCUUAAAAUAAUAAUAAUGUGCAGUCUAUCUUCUCCUGCACCAUCAGACAUUGAGCAUGCACCUUCAUCCCAUGAUCUAGUGCAGUGUUCCCCAACCUUGGGCCUCCAGCUGUUUUUGGACUACAACUCCCAUCAUCCCUCGCUAGCAAGACCAGUGGUCAAGGAUGAUGGGAAUUGUAGUCCAAAAACAGCUGGAGGCCCAAGGUUGGGGAACACUGAUCUAGUGCAGGCAUAGGCAAACUCUGCCCUCCAGAUGUUUUGAGACUACAAUUCCCAUCAUCCCUGACCACUGGUCCUGUUAGCUAGGGAUGAUGGGAGUUGUAGUCCCAAAACAUCUGGAGGGCCAAUUUUGCCUGUGCCUGAUCUCCUUGCUGCAACUGUGCUGUUUGGCUUGUCAACUUUGCAAGCAAAUUCUUUUGUGUGCAGAAUGCUGUUUCUGCAUAAACAGGAAGAAACAUGUCAGUGACUCCUUAACCAGGCCAGCAGCUCAUCCAGCUGACUGACUGUGAACUUUUCAGUUAGGGAAGUUCACAGGAAAACCCCUUCCUCUAAGCCUGUAUAUAACGCUGUUUGCUCAGAAUUACAGCAUCAUUUUCCCCGCCUUGUAGAUAAUUGAAUAAUAGCAAAUUGUAUACAUGCUGAUAAAAUGAUCAGGCUUUGCAAAUGUUAGAUAACGGUUGUCAUCCGGGGACCUCACAGCUAACUGUGGUUGUCUGUAGAGAUGAUCGCAAUUCAGCAAUAUAUAAAUGGUUGAAGUAAUAAUUACUUUUGACACUUUCCCAUAACUCUGGUCUCUCACAUCACAAAUUGUCUUUCAAAAAUCAAUAAUGGGGCAAGCAUGGAGGGCCCCCUAUUUGCAAGGGGAGGGGGGGAGUCCAGUUGGACAUGCCCAUGCAGUUCUGAACUUUGUCUGAUGAAUGUGAGAGGUGGAUGAUAGCCAUAACUCUCUGUUGCUAGUUUUAUGGGCUGCUCUUGCAUUAUGUUCGUUAGCUCUUUGCAUUCAGAACAAAGGUCAACUCUUUGCAUGUCAAGGCUUGCCUGUUUGGCCAGCCUGGUGUGGCUUGAGAGUAAAAUCAUGCACUGGUCUGUUGACAGGGUUACUUGGUGUUUAUGAUCAAAGGGAAUGUGUUGCAAGUCAGAUUAGGAAUGAAACUCCUUCUGGGAGUACUCAAAGAGAAAGCCAAUCCUCCGGACCUCACAGUUCAGCACAAGGCACACCCUGGCUUGCAGUGGACGCUCAGCUUGAGUUCCAGCGCACAAAUGUGUCGGUGACCUCCUGGUGGCAACAUGGUGUUUUGGUAGCAGUCGUGCUGCCCACGUGAUAUCUAUCGCCUACUUUGCCAAGUGCCCUGAACUGAGUGAAAAAUACUUUUGUUUUCAGCAGGCACAAAAGGUGGAAGAUAAGUUCACCCAACUGGUAGAAAUGCUUUAAAGUGAUGAUGCAGAAAUCACAGAGGAAAAGUGAGUGGGCUGAUAGCUGGAGACAGAGAGAGCAUUUUGCAAAAUGAUGUGGAAAGAGCAAAGGCCUGCUUCUACUAAGUGUAUAUGAAUAGUGACAGUUUCAGAACUCCUGGUACAGUACUGGUUUGCCAGAAGACAGAUCUCUUUCAGCAAGCCUUGGCUCCCAACAGAUUGAAGUCCUUUUUUUAAAAAAAAAAUGAUAUUUAUUAAAAUUUCAGAGAAAAAAAGAAUUACACAAAAACAAAAAGUAAAAAUACAAGAAAAAUACAAAAUACAGAAUAAAAGAAUAAAAGACACUUAAAAAGAAAAAAAAGAAAAAUGGAUCAAUCUUUCCAUAGCUUACAUUCAUAUCCUUGUUUCCCUGACCUCCUCAUACCUCCCUUUUUUGUAUUCCAGUUCAAUUAGUUAAGUCAGCAAUUUCUUUCCCUCUUUGUUUUCUCAUGAUCCUUUAACUUAAUAUACUAUAACUUUAAAUUUUCAUCUGUUAUCAAUCCUUAUUUACAUACACCUUUAUAGCAUUACUGCUUAAACCACCUAGCUUCAUUCCAACAUCAUUCUAACAUUCAUUAAUUUUGCAAUAUUUCUGUAAAUAGUCUUUAAAUUUCUUCCAAUCUUCUUCCACCGACUCUUCUCCCUGGUCUCGGAUUCUGCCAGUCAUUUCCGCCAAUUCCAUGUAGUCCAUCACCUUCAUCUGCCAUUCUUCCAGAGUGGGUAGGUCUUGUGUCUUCCAAUACUUUGCAAUAAGUAUUCUUGCUGCUGUUGUGGCAUACAUAAAGAAAGUUCUGUCCUUCUUUGACACCAUUUGGCCAACCAUGCCCAGGAGAAAGGCCUCUGGUUUCUUCAGAAAGGUAUAUUUAAAUACCCUUUUCAUUUCAUUAUAAAUCAUCUCCCAGAAAGCCUUAAUCCUUGGGCACGUCCACCAAAGGUGAAAGAAUGUACCUUCGGUUUCUUUACAUUUCCAACAUUUAUUAUCGGGCAAAUGAUAGAUUUUUUCAAGCUUGACUGGGGUCAUGUACCACCUGUAUAUCAUUUUCAUAAUAUUCUCUGUUAAGGCAUUACAUGCCGUAAACUUCAUACCUGUGGUCCAUAACUGUUCCCAGUCAGCCAUCAUUAUGUUAUGUCCAACAUCUUGUGCCCAUUUAAUCAUAGCAGAUUUCACCGUUUCAUCCUGAGUAUUCCAUUUCAACAGCAAGUUAUACAUUCUUGACAAAUUCUUAGUUUUGGGUUCUAACAGUUCUGUUUCCAAUUUUGAUUUUUCCACCUGGAAGCCAAUUUUCUUGUCCAAAUUAUAUGCCUCCAUUAUCUGAUAAUAAUGAAGCCAGUCUCGCACUUUGUUUUUUAAUUUCUCAAAACUUUGUAAUUUCAGUCUAUCUCCAUCUUGUUCCAAAUUUUCCCAAUAUUUCGGCCAUUUGGCCUCCAUAUUGAACUUUUUUUCAGAGCUUUCGCUUCCAUCGGUGACAGCCACCUUGGGGUUUUAUUUUCCAAUAAGUCCUUGUAUCUUAUCCAAACAUUAAACAAUGCUUUCCUGACAAUAUGGUUUUUAAAUGCUUUAUGUGCUUUGACCUUAUCAUACCACAGAUAUGCAUGCCAUCCAAAUACAUUGUUAAAACCUUCUAGAUCCAAAAUGUCAGUGUUUUCAAGAAGCAGCCAUUCUUUCAACCAGCAAAAGGCUGCUGAUUCAUAGUAAAGUUUAAAGUCUGGCAGGGCAAAUCCACCUCUUUCCUUUGCAUCUGUUAAUAUUUUAAAUUUUAUUCUGGGCUUCUUGCCCUGCCAGACAAAUCUAGAAAUAUCUCUCUGCCACCUCUUGAAACAGUCCAUUUUGUCCACAAUUUGCAAUGUUUGAAACAAAAACAACAUUCUAGGCAAUACAUUCAUUUUUACCGCAGCAAUACGACCCAGCAGUGAAAGCUUCAAAUUUGACCAAAUUUCUAAAUCUUUUUCACUUCAGCCCAGCAUUUUUCAUAGUUGUCUUUAAAUAAAUUCCCAUUUUUUGCUGUCAUGUUAAUCCCCAGGUAUUUAACUUUCUUAACCACAGUUAAACCUGUCUCAUUCUGAAACCUCUCUCUCUCCAUUGGUGUUAAACUUUUCUCUAAAACCUUGGUUUUUAACUUAUUCAAUUUAAAUCCUGCAACUUGACCAAAUUCUUGAAUCAGUUCUAAAACCCUUUUGGUACUAGAUUCUGGCUCCUGUAACGUCAAUACUAAGUCAUCUGCAAAUGCUCUCAAUUUGUACUGUUUGGCUCCGACAUGUAUACCUUUAACCAACUGGUCCCUUCUAAUCAUAUUCAACAAAACCUCCAGGACCGAUAUAAAAAGCAAUGGGGAGAUUGGGCAACCUUGUCGUGUCCCUUUUUCUAUCUUAAAUUCUUCCGUCACCACAUUAUUUACAAUUAAUUUAGCCUUUUGUUCAGAAUAUAUUGCACUUAUACCGUUUUCAAAGCCUUGGCCUACCCCCAUACCCUGUACAGAUUGAAGUCCUUUUAUAGCAUCGCCUCUAACCGUCUCCCGUUUUUCUUCACAGUUGUAGCCGCCUUCGACAAAUUCAGAACAUCCUGACGCAGAGCAGCAAAUCCCAGCCAGAUGGAAUACUGUGCAUUUUGGGUAAGUUCUCCCUACUUAUUCAAGUGCACCGACAGCAUUAUUGAAAUGUGCAAGCUAAAGCCAGAAGUUGUGUUUCAGGAUCCUAGAAAUAUUCAAAGAGGGCUCAAGCAUUUGAGGAAUGUUACUUGCCCGUAGCAGCUGAAAUGUGUUGAUGAGUUGAACGCAGAGCCCCUUAGAAAUGAAUGGAACGAAGAGGUCACACAGUUUUAAAUCUCUGGCUCAUGCCAAGGACCCAUGUGCUUUUAAGGAUUUAGUGGUCUCCUAAGAAGCACAUAGAGACAAGGCAAACAUUGAGGAUGGGCUGUGGCUCCAUGAUGGAGAACAUGCUGGGCAUUGGAAGGCUCUGGGUUCAAUCCUUGUCAUCUCUAAUUGAAAAGGUAAGGUAGGGAGAUGCCUGGCCUUUUAUCCCUGGACUUGAAACUGGCUCUUCCCAAAAGACCAGUGUGCGGAAAUGGAAAGAAGUGUGUUUGCUGCUUCAAGGAGAGCGGAGCCCCAGAUAAAAUAAAUCAGGUGUCAGGGACUUGCUAGAUGAUGAAGAAUGGUGGGCGGCUUCUGCCAGAGAACCCCCUGCAGGCAUGGCCAAAUUUGACCCUCCAAAUGUUUUGGGACUACAACUCCCAUCAUCCCUAGCUAACAGGACCAGUGGUCAGGGAUGAUGGGAAUUGUAGUCCCAAAAAACAUCUGAAGGGCCAAGUUUGGCCAUGCCUGCUAGGGAAACCUCAGAAGAGGAAGGCUCAGAGCCAGGGAAGUGGUGUUGGGACAUGGAAGACAGGUCACAGGAUGAAGUGUGGGGGCAGAAUGCUUGAAUGUUGAACAAGCCACAGAUUUGAGUGAGACAAGCUUUGCAGUCUGCAUACUUGGAGCAGCCUUCGUUCUUGAAAGACAGAUACAGUGGUACCUCAGGUGACAUACGCUUCAGGUGACAUACGCUUCAGGUUACAGACUCCACUAACCCAGAAACAGUGCUUCAGGUUAAGAACUUUGCUUCAGGAUGAGAACAGAAAUCGUGCCCUAUUAGCCCCAUUAGCUAAAGUGGUGCUUCAGGUUAAGAACAGUUUCAGGUUAAGAACGGACCUCUGGAACGAAUUAAGUACUUAACCCGAGGUACCACUGUACAGUGGACGCUUGGGUUGUGAGCGUGAUCCAUGCGGUAUGCACAUUUGCAACCCACAGCGUUCGCAACCUGCGUAUGCACAUGCACGGGUUGCCAUUCGACUUCUGCGCAUGCGCGACCGCCGAAACCCGGAAGUAACCCGUUCGGGUACUUCUGGGUUUCGACGAUCUGUAACCCGAAAAAACGCAACCUGAAGCGGCUGUAACCCGAGGUAUGACUGUACUACAAAAAAGAGUGAAUCUCUCUUGAGUACUGGAGGCUGAAUAAUGUGACUGGCCUGAGAGAUUUGUCUCUAAACGUGGAGGCAGCGCUGGAAAAUUUUCAAGCAAUCUUGUCAUGCUUCCUGGACGGUCGUGAGUAAGGCUGACGGUGAAGUGAGUUGGGAUGUGAGACACUUUCCUGCUUCCUUUCUCCCUCCCCGUCCUCAUUCCAAAACGUAUUAUUAGAAGAAGGCUUGUUUUUCACUGUCUUCUUCUGUGUUUCAAGUUUGUAAAAUUUAUGUGCGAACUUGCGCUGCGUUUAACUGUGAACAUGCACCAAGGACUGGCUAGCAGAUGGGUUGGAAAGAGGAAGAUUAAAUGAGGUGCAGCUUGGAAGAAAAAAAGAGGCAUGGUUUUGCCUGAGUAGUUAAACAUUCUGGGCACUGUAUAUUAUCCAUCCAUGAGUCAGGGAGAAAUCUCUGUGGUAAGGGAAACGGCUAAACACAAUUAAGCAGGCUAAGGCUCAAUUUAGGAAUGCCUUGGGGGAAAACUUUGCAGUUUGCAUGAUGUGCCACUUCUAGCUGGCCCUGGAUUUUUUGGUUAAAUCUAAGCCAUGCAAAAGGGCGCUCGCCUGGACCCUAACUAGAAAGUUGCUUUUAGGUAGCUUAACCUAAACUUUGAUAACUCUCUGAAGUUAAAGCCAUUUGCAGGACACCAGGAAUGUGUCAAGAGGCUUUGUGGAGACUGAACUAUAAUUACUCUGGUAAAAAAUAACUGAAUGCUGUGAAGAAAACUGACAACCCAGGAGGACUGCUGUUCCGCCUGGCCUUUGGCUUGGAGUCAAUUUGAUUCCCUCCCCCUCUUCUUUUUUCCUUUCUCCUCCUGUGAUGAGGCUGCAUUUUAAUGUUGUAUUUAACCUAGAUUUUAAAGUUGUAUUCCAAUCAACUUGUUUUUAUUAUUGGUUGUUAGCCGCCCUGAGCCCGGCCUUGGCUGGGGAGGGCGGGGUAUAAAUAAAAUUUAUUAUUAUUAUUAUUACUAUUAUUUUGGCUUGAAAUAAUAAUAAUAAUGAUGAUGAUGAGGGUGAAAGAGGAGAGCGCAAAAUAUGGUCUGAAGCUCAACAUCAAAAAAACGAAGUUCAUGGCCACUGGGCCCAUCACCUCCUGGCAAAUAGAAGGGGAAGAAAUGGAGGCAGUGAGAGAUUUUACUUUCUUGGGCUCCAUGAUCACUGCAGAUGGUGACAGCAGUCACAAAAUUAAAAGACACCUGCUCCUUGGGAGAAAAGCGAUGGCAAACCUAGACAGCAUCUUAAAAAGAGGAGACAUCACCUUGCCAACAAAGGUCUGUAUAGUUAAAGCCAGGGUUUUCCCAGUAGUGAUGUAUGGAAAUGAGAGCUGGAUCAUCAAGAAGGCUGAUCGCUGAAGAAUUGAUGCUUUUGAAUUCUGGUGCUGGAGGAGACUCUUGAGAGUCCCAUGGACUGCAAGAAGAUCAAACGCAUCCAUUCUUAAGGAAAUUAGCCCUGAGUGCUCACUGGAAGGAUAGAUCCUGAAGCUGAGGCUCCAGUACUUUGGCCACCUCAUGAGAAGAGAAGACUCCCUGGAAAAGACCCUGAUGUUGGGAAAGAUGGGGGGCACAAGAAGAAGGGGACGGCAGAGGCCGAGAUGUUUGGACAGUGUUCUUGAAGCUACCAGCAUGAGUCUGACCAAACUGCGGGAGGCAGUGGAAGACAGGAGUGCCUGGCGUGCUGUGGUCCAUAGGGUCAUGAAGAGUCGGACAUGACUAAACGACUAAACAAGAACAACUAUUAUUAUUAUUAUUCUUAUUAUUAUUAUUAUUAUUAUUAUUUUGCAAAGUGCUAAUGGGCAGCACAGGAGAAGAAGGCAAGCAGGGGCACUCCAUCAUCUGCACUGAGAAACCAGCUGCCAUCAGGUUGCUGCCUGCAUCAAUUGUCACCUGGCGGUAGCCAUUCCAUCAGGCUGCAGAGGAAGGGAAGUGGGGCCACUCUGUCAGUUCAACUGCAAAACCAGCAGCUUUUGAUUCCUCCUCUUCCUUGAACUGUUUCAUUCCAGCUGGUCAUGCAAGCGCUUUGCAGCUAAGCCUUAAAAGUGUGCUAUUUUUCUUGACCUCUGGAAGUCUUUUUUUGUCUGAAGAGUAGGGUAAAAAUGCUCCAAACCCUGCUCUAAACAAUUAAAUUCACAUUUUUCUUUCACCCUCCAAGCCCGUUUUGCAUUUGUGUCACGUCUUUUAGAGUAUACAUGUCAAGGCAGAGGCUGACUUACUAAUCUUUGUCAGCUGCCCUGGGAGCCUUUUCAGCGGAAGAGCAGCCUAAAACUGCUGUAAAUAAUAAAAUCCAUUCUUCCCCAGCAAUGACCUCUUGUGCCCCUUCCCUUCCCCAUAUGAGUUAUCUCUAGAAUUGCCCCCUGGCACUACAGAGUAGCUUUUAGGUACUUCCAUGAUGAAAGGAGGUUGCACAGCCGACCAGAAUUAAUUUGCAAGGCUUGCGUCCGCAGAUCUGUAUAUUAUGAACGGUGCAAAUGUUGCUUAGAUCAGGAGUUAAUAGAGAUGUGUCAGGACUUGGGAGCCUUAGCUAGGAAUCACUCAGCUGUAUCUCUGGGGGCAAAGACCUGAAAAUAAGUGGAGCUGCUGCAGUAUCAAGAUGGGGAGAACCUCCUGAACGUACAGCAUGAAUUGCAACGAUAAAAUUAACGCAGAGCUGUGCUGGCAACAUUGGAGAAAAGGGGUGCUUGGCGUGUAUAUGUGUGGGAAUGUUAUAAUUAUUGCUGCAUUACAGUCGUACCUCGUGUUGCGUUCCACUCUUGUUACUGGACUUUCAGCUUACGAACGCAGCAAACCCAGAAGUGUUUACUUCCGGGUUCGCCGCCCGCGCAUGCGCAGAAGCGAUCUGUGUGCUAUGCACAUGCUCAGAAGCGCUCAAUCGUGCUGUGCACAUGUGCAGAAAAGGCGCUCUAGUUGCGGACUUUUCAGGGUGUGAAUGGCACCCCGAAACAGAUUACCGUAAGUCCACAACUAGAGGUAUCACUGUAUUGUGAUAGGUCUUAAUAUUUUUUUACGGCUUGUGGAUUUCCUAGGCUAAAUUAAAAAUGGGUGGGAGGUAGGGAAACCAGUCAGGUGUCAAGCCCACGCCUGGGGCACGAUGAAUGAGCAGAAUAUAAAUACUCCUAACUUGUAUAUAAAGAUUCUAACUUCCGUGCCUGUUCAACUCUGAGAGGCACCUGAGUGCCCUAGAUUUCUUGCCAUGGUCUUCCUGGGCUUUUGUCUGGCCCCUGCUUAUAAGUCUGGAUUUACUGGCAGCCUUUGAGUUGUAUCCCAGCGUAACCCCGUGUGAAAGCCGAGACAGAACAGUGACACAGGAAGCCAGGCUGUUGUGAGAGCUGCAGCUGGUUCCAGCCACGAAAGAGGCCGCCAGAUAUUAACUGUGAUCAGAUCCUGGACAGCAUUCAUCCUUUCUCGGGUAGCACAGGCUAGAUGGGCUAAUUAAAUGCUUACGGCACGACAUAUCAAAUUUUUCUGUGCUUGGUCCCAUCUGAAACCCCUUUGUGAGCCAUUCCCCCAAAUGCACCCCUGUUGCAUUUCCAGCUAGCUUCUCCUGAAAGAGGGUGAAUGUCAACCCCAGCCUGGGAAUUUCUGCCCCCUUCUGUUCCUCUCCUCUUAAGCUGGGUUUCAUUUUUCUAUUCUUUUCUUUUGUUUCAUUGGGGAGGAUCUGCUGCAGUCCUCAGCCUUAGGGAAAUGUUUCAACUCGAAUGUUUCAACUCGAAGCUGGAAAAUGCAUUUUAAAUGCAUUGCGGUCAGUAUCAGAAUUGUAGCAAAGGCGGAUUUAAGGGAGUACGACAGGUUUAGUCGCACCGGGUGCAGAGCCUUGGGAGCGCUGCAACUAUGAUGUAGAAUGGAAGGUGGGGGGGCACCAAAUUUUGGUGUCACACAGGGCACUGCGGAAAUUUGAGACCCCCAAAGUUCUGUUGCUGAUUUUAGGUUACCUGGGUAACCGUGUUCUGGAGGUAUUUCCCCUAGUCAUAAUCAAAAUAAUUUGCUCUAGCUUACCGGGCAAAUAAGCCUUACACUAACUGGUGGCUCUUUCUUUCUUUCUUUCUUUCUUUCUUUCUUUCUCUCUCUCUCUCUCUCUCUCUCUCUCUCUCUCUUUUUUGGGGGGGGAGACACAGAUUUGCUUACUUAGGUAUGUGUACAGAUUUGCUAACUGAGAUAUGUGCACGAAAUAAAUAAAAAAAUUAAAAAACUGUCCAGUAGCACCUUGGAGACCAACUAAGUUUGUUCUGGGGUAUAAGCUUUCAUGUGCAUCUUAAAAAGCAGGGACAUCACCUUGCCAACAAAGAUCCGUAUAGUUAAAGCUAUGGUUUUCCCAGUAGUGAUGUAUGGAAGUGAAAGCUGGACCAUGAAGAAGAACGGAUGCUUUUGAAUUAUGGUGCUGGAGGAGACUCUUGAGAGUCCCAUGGACUGCAAGAAGAUCAAACCUAUCCAUUCUGAAGGAAAUCAGCCCUGAGUGCUCACUGGAAGGACAGAUCCUGAAGCUGAGGCUCCAAGACUUUGGCCACCUCAUGAGAAGAGAAGACUCCCUGGAAAAGACCCUGAUGCUGGGAAAGAUGGAGGGCACAAGGAGAAGGGGACGACAGAGGACGAGAUGGUUGGACAGUGGAAGACAGGAGUGCCUGGUGUGCUCUGGUCCAUGGGGUCACGAAGAGUUGGACACGACUAAACGACUAAACAACAACAAGUGCAUGCACACUUCUUCAGAAACCAAUAUGGGUAGAUAUGUGUAGGUAGACUGGCUAGUAGACCUAUUGGCAAGGCCACCAUAUAAAAACAUGAGUUCAAGGAAGGAUAGCUAUGAAUGAAAAAUGCAAAGAACAAAAUGUAUUGGCAGUUGAAAUGUGUGUGAGAUUCCAUUAUUAAAAAGGAUGCUUUUCUUUUUUGUUAUAUACUAUAUUUAUAUUUAUAUUUAUAUUUAUAUUUAUAUGUGUAAUAUUUGUUGCAUGCUCUAUUAUAUUGUGUGUGUGUGUUUAGUAUAAAUAUAUAAAUGAAAUUUGAUUAUUUAAAAGAAAAAUCAGAAAUUAACCUGAAGUGGCAUGUUGCGAGUGCCCCCUCAGCACAGCCAGCCCCUUGCGAUGAUUACUCUUAACAUUUGCCUUCUGCAAAGCUGGAGGUUAUUUCUUGGAAAGCUGUCAGCUCUCUCCUGCCGUGACUCAGGGAUUUAUUCCAUAAUUCUCAUGGGCUCAUGUUUCAAUCAUAAAUCUUGCGUUGGAAGAAUUAGGUCACCAGAUUAGCUUAAUAGGAAGCUUCAAUCAGCAGCAUAUCAAUUAAGGAGAAAUGGUAUUUUCAGAAGCAGAUGUGGAACGAUUAGGGAAGUGCCCCCAGUGCCCUGCUGCUCAGCACCGUGGUUUGGACAGUCUGUAGCAUCCUGCUCUUCUCCCCACUGUCUGGGGAAUUCAGUCAGUGAUAGGGUAGGUAAGGUAAAGGUAAAGGGACCCCUGACCAUUAGGUCCAGUCGUGGCCGACUCUGAGGUUGCGUGCUCAUCUCACUCUAUAGGCCGAGGGAGCCGGCGUACAGCUUCCGGGUCAUGUGGCCAGCAUGACUAAGCCGCUUCUGGCAAACCAGAGCAGCACACGGAAACGCUGUUUACCUUCCUGCCAGAGCGGUACCUAUUUAUCUACUUGCACUUUGAUGUGCUUUUGAACUGCUAGGUUGGCAGGAGCUGGGACCGAACAAUGGGAGCUCACCCCGUCGCAGGGAUUCGAACUACUGACCUUCUGAUCAGCAAGCCCUAGGCUCUGUUUAAAGCAUAUAUUUAAAGCAUGAGGAUUAUGCAGAUAACACUAGCAAUGGGAAACGGGAGGAUGUGCCGGGAUACAUAUUGCAUCCUGUGUACCGCAGUAGCAUUUGAUCUGAGAGACGACUUAAUGGACACAGCUGUGUGGAGUGUGAUAUCCAUAGAAUCAUAGAAUUGUAGAGUUGGAAGGGACCCUAAGGAUCAUCCAGUCCAACCCCCUGCAAUGCAGGAAUAUGCAGCUGUCCCAUAUGGGGAUUGAACCUACAACCUUGGCGUUAUCAGCACCACACUCUAACCAACUUAUCCAUGAGAUGUAUGUUGGGAAACAGAGCGGAAGCAUAUCAGAUAUCAGCCCCUGCAAUUGAUGGGCACUAUGAGGAUCCCAUAAUGUAAAACCUUGAUAUAAAGACUGGACUGAGCCUGGCCUUCUCUGGCUUCCAGUGUAUUGUAUUCUGUUUCUCGUGGGUCAGGCGUCUCCAAAAACUAGUCUUUGGAGUCCUGGUUUGGAAAGCAGGAAGCUCAGAUCUGGAUUUGUGUAUGGCAAUUCCCAACAUGACCCAGAUAGGUAAUGGUUUUGUGUCGCCUUAAUCCACGUGAGAGUGGAAGCCCAGGGCAGGCUGCCCACAGAUCUCCAGUUACUGAUACCUGUCGGUCGCCAGCCAAACGUUGGGAGGAACUUCAGAAACAGAGCACAGUGGAAGCAGCCAUCCUUUGUUCUCAGUGGCUUGUAUCUAGCAAUUAAGGGCUGGGGAGCAGGAGAAAGGAGAGGAAGAGAGACUGGGAAAAUGGACGUCGCUCUCCUGGGUAUUUUGGCCAGUAGCCACUGAUGGACCUGGGGUGAAAAAGCACGCAGCCUCACUUGAAGUAGAUCCACCGUCAAAGAAGGCAGAGAGAUCCAAACACACAGGGGAACCAGUUCUGUGCCUCAAACGGCAAUAGCAAAUGUUGAAGCAGAGGCUGACAUAUUUUGGAUUUGGGGACAGAUUAUUCGCACACAAGGAAAGGUGGGGCAUGACCUUGGCAGCACCGUUCAAAAAUGCUUUUAUCCUCCUCUUCAUUUGUUCCUGACACCAUCUGUUGCUCAGAAGCUCUCUCCCCUUCCAAACUGUCCUCCAGUGCUCCCUGGUUGACCUUGCCGUCCCAAUUCCCAGCUCUGCACUCGCCGUUCUUCGGCUUAGUGUAUCAUAAAGGGAUUUUGGGGGAAAAAUGAUGCUCAAUUGUUCCAAACUGUGUAGUGGCCUGAGGUCAACCGGCGUUGCCAAUCCCUUUCUGAAAGGGGCAGCUCUGGGCUGGAUUUGCGGCUUAGUGUGGGGGAAAUAAAUAUGAAGUGCCGUCCGCCUCCUUAAAUUGCUUCUGUAGCAUUGUGCCACAAGGCUUUUCUGCUCAUUGUUUUUCAAGCAGCUUGCACCUGACCGCAUCUCUGUUCCCUUCCAACUGCUCUUCAUUCUCUUUUUUGGCCCAGUGUCAUCUGUUACGAGCAUUUUGUGGCCGGUGCAAGCAUUAUAGAUAUUUGGAGGCCUGAUGCCAUCACAAGAGCUGUUCUUCAUGACUAGGCUUUCUGGGAGCCUUGGUUUCCUAGCCUCUUGUAGGUCCUUGGCUUGCCCUCUUGAUUUCAGGGAUUGCUUACUGUUGGCUUGCCUCGCCUUAUGCAAUCAGCUGAUUGGCUCUGGGAGCGUGCCUUCAAAGUCCAUAUGGAACAAGCAGUUUAGAUCAGGCUUCCUCAACCUCAGCCCUCCAGAUGUUUUCGGCCUACAACUCCCAUGAUCCCUAGCUAGCAGGACCAGUGGUCAGGGAUGAUGGGAACUGUAGUCUCAAAACACCUGGAGGGCCGAGGUUGAGGAAGCCUGGUUUAGAUUCUGCCGAGGGGUGGGGGGAGCCAAUCCAUUCAUAGGAAGCACAUUGAAUCCAAAUUGAUGGUUUGUUUGGAGCAAUCGGUUUGGAAGAAGAGUCCCUCACAGGGAACACUCCUGGACAGCAGCUCCACGUGGGACUUCCCCAUCAGUGGCUGUUAGCUGACAAGGAGCCCUGAUUUUGCAAAGCAACCAUUAGGAGCUCAGUUGAGGCUCCCAAUGGUUCCUUGGUUGCUGCAUCCAUUCAUGUCCCACUCCUGAUAUCACAAAUUGGGACCUGUGUCAGACCUAUACAGUCAUACCUCGGGCUAAGCAUUUUCGAGUUGCGCUCCAUGGGAACCCGGAAGUAACGGGACGCGUUACUUCUGGGUUUCGUCGCUCGCGCAUGCGCUUAAAAUGACGUCAUGCGCAUGCAUGGAAGCGGCGAAUUGCGACCCGCUCACGCACAGAUGCGGGUUGCGUUCGCUUCAGGAUGCGAACGGGGCUCCGGAACGGAUCCCGUUCGCAUCCAGAGGUACCACUGUAUAGGCCCAUGGGCUAGAGAUUCCCCCUGCUGCUCUUCAGCACCUAUUGCAAUUUCAAAAAUUGAUUCCCACCACCACCACCCUCGUAUAUUCCUUUGUUCUAGUAGUCAAGGUAUGUUGGAAGCUGCAGCCUGCUUCCAAAGCAUAGGAGACUUAGGAAGAAGGCAGGGACUCCAAACAAUUCCCUAGUUUUAGUUGGUUAUUCUGUGAUUUGGAAUCAGAACUGUUGGUUCUAUCCUCCCUCUGACAACCUUACUGUUCAUUCCUUAUGCUUCCUUCUGCAGGGAUUGACAGCCGAUACAACGAGGGCUGCCGGGAACUGGCAAACUACCUUCUCUUUGGCUUGUACAACCAGAGCAACAAUGAAUUUGAAAGAUCGGGGUUUCCUGAAGAGGUCCUUGACGGUAAGGGAAAGUGGUGCUAUGCGCUAUUUUAAGAUGAACACUCAAGGGGGUGAAUAAGUCUGGUCUUCUUUCACUUCUUUUGAUAUCCUUUGAGUCUCUCCUGGUGUACUGUAUGCAAGGAAGAGGCUAGACAGUUUAUUGCUCCUGGUUCUUUCCUAAAACGUCUUUGUGGACGUUGAUACAACCCACCCUCUUCCAUUUUGCUCCCACGGGUAUUCCAUUUUAUUUAGUUAAUUGUUUUUAUUCGUGGCAUUUCUCUCUAGCCCCUAAACCGAAGUUCUCUGGACAACAUACGUUAAAAAUGGUUAAAAUGUAAUGGAGACAAUUGAACGCAGGCAGGCCUUAAAAUAGAAUUUUUUUUUGUCAAGACAUCAGAAUCCAUUCAAAAGCCCAAGGUAAAGGUAAAGGGACCCCUGACCAUUAGGUCCAGUCGUGACCAACUCUGGGGUUGCAGCGCUGAUCUCGCUUUAUUGGCCGAGGGAGCCGGCAUACAGCUUCUGGGUCAUGUGGCCAGCAUGUCUAAGCCGCUUCUGGCGAACCAGAGCAGCGCACGGAAACGCCGUUUACCUUCCCACCAGAGCGGUACCUAUUUAUCUACUUGCACUUUGACGUGCUUUCAAACUGCUAGGUUGGCAGGAGCAGGGACCAAGCAACGGGAGCUCACCCCGUCGCAGGGAUUCGAACCGCCAACCUUCUGAUCGGCAACCACUAGACUCUGUGGUUUAACCCACAGUGCCAUCCGUGUCCAGAAUCCAUUCAAAACCCCAAAGACCAUCCCCAAAAGCCUGGUAGCACUAACUUCCAGGCGGACUUGGGGCCACCAGUGCAAAAAAUGAAAUGCGUCUGCUCGGCCAUGAACUUUUUGGGUGGCCUUGAGCAAAGAGCUCCCUUGGGUUGUUUCCUACAUAACUGCCUCCUCCACCUACUUUGUAGGUGAUUGUGCCAGCCUGGAUACUACGUGUGAUUUUUACACAUGUCAGCACAUACCUUUUGAACAUCAUAAAGGGAAAAUAUUGAGGGCAAAGUGGUCCUCUAACUCCUCUGCCUGUUCCAUAUUUUGUCAUUUAGAAGGGAGGGAUCACAAGGACUUAAAACAAAAAACCCAAAGUCCCUGAGUUUGUUUUCCUUUACCCUCCCCAUCUCUUUUUCCUUUUGUGUCACGUAUUUCCAGUUACCAUAUGGAGGGCAGACACUGUAUUGUCUGUUAAUGAUCUUUCAUAAAUUGCUCUGGGAGCCCCAUUAGCUAAAGAGCGAGUAAAAAUGUAUUAAAUAAGUAAGGACUUGUGUGAGCGUUGCAUCGGGAGGACAAACUGGUUAGUGACUUGAAAAUAACAUUAGGUUGAUUUCUUGCUCCUUUUAGAUGUGAUCCUACUAAUAAAGCCAGACAGCGUCCAUCUCUAUUGCAACCCUGUCAACUACAACUACCUUUUGCCAUAUGUAGCAUUCUGGAGAAACUUGCAUUUCCACUGCCUGACUGAAAACGAGGUGAGUGGCCGAGUAGCAAACAUAGAAAGAACAGCAUUUGUCUGAGGCCGUCCUGAGUUGCAGCAGUUCCGGCUUCCCUCGGAGGCCUUUGGCGUUGUAGAAGGUCUCCUAAUUCGGUGGAAUUGAUAUGAUCCAAUGAGACGCUGUUGCAGUGGUCAGACUCCCGACUCCCUGCUCUUUCGUGGAAUUGAAAUUAAAAAUGGCUAAGAAAUGAAAACAGAAGCUUUGCCUGACUUGCAGCUUGAUAUUGUGCAAGUUCACGUGGAGGUGCCCCUGGGUUCAGAGGGGCUUACUCUCGAGUAAGCGUGCACAGGAUAGCAGCCGUGAUCUCUGCUUCAUAUCACCAUUACGUCAAGAUGGUGACUUUGAAAAGGCAUAGCUUGUUGCUUAUUCCACAGUUCUUGCCAUUUGGAUCAUUUUGUGAGAAUACAGAAAGGGAAGAAAGAGACCAAAUAAUUGAGUCUGAGCCUUGAUCCUGUCUGGUGCUUAUGCUGCAAUUCUCAAGCUGGUCAACAGCUGAGGCACAGGACCAAUGCAUCCCAUACAUGUCAGCAGAACAAUCCUUUCUUGCCUUGUUGGCUGCAUCAAAACUCCAUGGAGCGUGGCUAAAAACAUCUCUUUCCUGUCAAAAUAACCCCGGUGCAGCAGUUAAGUGAGCACUCUCAACCUGGGGCUUAAAUACUUGCCUUUUGGCCAACACACCAGUAAGCCUUUGAGCUGCCAGACACACCCAGCUUCUAGGGCUCUGUGUGAUCUGAAGUCCGACCCGCUCAUUCGUCAUUUGGGAUUUGUAAAAGAACCUUUCCAGAAUGAAACUACCACAAAAUGCCUUGGGUGCACGCACAGGGCUCCCCACUCUGCAUGGCCUCAGGAGUGAAUAAGGAAGCUUCUGCACACCCAGGAACUGGUGGGUUGUGGCACCAGUUGAUCUCCUCCUUGGCAAGGAACUGGAGGCUUGCUGCAAUUAGAUUAGAAUCAUAGAAUCAUAGAGUUGGAAGAGACCACAAGGGCCAUCGAGUCCAACCCCCUGCCAAGCAGGAAACACCAUCAGAGCACUCCUGACAUAUGGUUGUCAAGCCUCUGCUUAAAGACCUCCAAGAAGGAGACUCCACCACACUCCUUGGCAGCAAAUUCCACUGUCAAACAGCUCUUACUGUCAGGAAGUUCUUCCUAAUGUUUAGGUGGAAUCUUCUUUCUUGUAGUUUGGAUCCAUUGCUCCGUGUCCGCUUCUCUGGAGCAGCAGAAAACAACCUUUCUCCCUCCUCUAUGUGACAUCCUUUUAUAUAUUUGAACAUGGCUAUCAUAUCACCCUUAACCUCCUCUUCUCCAGGCUAAACAUGCCCAGCUCCCUUAGCCGUUCCUCCUAAGACAUCGUUUCCAGGCCUUUGACCAUUUUAGUUGCCCUCCUCUGGACACGUUCCAGUUUGUCAGUGUCCUUCUUGAACUGUGGUGCCCAGAACUGGACACAGUACUCCAGGUGAGAUCUGACCAGAGCAGAAUACAGUGGCACUAUUACUUCCCUUGAUCUAGAUGCUAUACUCCUAUUGAUGCAGCCCAGAAUUGCAUUGGCUUUUUUAGCUGCCGCGUCACACUGUUGGCUCAUGUCAAGUUUGUGGUCAACCAAGACUCCUAGAUCCUUUUCACAUGUACUGCUCUGACACCUGGCUUGAGAGCAGUACAUGUGAAAAGGAUUAAGUGAAGCACCUUUUACAUAGUUCACAAUGCUUUUGCCUUUGAAGCCUGGUGGUUCUGGAACAAAAACCAUUUCUUGGAGCCAGGCUCAAUAUGUUCUAGCGCUGCACCUGAUGAAACCAAACACCUCUCCAGGCCUGUUGGGAUUUAAACGCCCACAGCCUUCAGGAGAGGCAGGAUGGGCUCCCUCCUUUAUCUGCAUAUAUACUCUCUCGCUGUCUAGAUUAUCCAGCCCCUCCCUUAAAACUCAACAGUGCUGUUCGUUCUUUUGUCCUGCGAUCUGGCUCUGCCGCUCAGAGAGUGAGAACAGAACAUGAUCUGCAUAAGCGUGUCGUACGUUCUGCUCGUCUGAGCCAAGCGCACCCUGUGGUGUCUGUUCCCAGUACAUUUCUGAGCACAAUUCAAAGCGUUGGUGUUGAGCCCUGAAUGGCCUCAGCCCUGUAUACCUGAAUACCUGUAUACCCCCGUCGUCCAGCCUCGACAUUGAGGUCCAACUCCGAUGUUCCCUCGCUGCGAGAAGUGAGGUUACAGGGAAGCAGGCAGAAGGCCUUCUCAGCGGUGGCACCCGCCCUGUGGAACGCCCUCCCAUCAGAUACCAAGCAGAUGAAUAACUAUAUAACAGUUUAGAAGACAUCUGAAGACAUCCCUGCAUAGGGAAGGUUUUAAUGUUGGAUGAUUUAUUAUGUUUUUUAAAUAUUUUGUUGGAAGCCACCCAGAGUGGCUGUUACUGUAAGAAACAGUAAACAAAAUCAUUUUAAAAAAUCACAAACCUGAAAAACAAUUUAAACAACACACUUUAAAACUCAGCUGCCAUCUCAGUGUUUCUUCUACCAAGCAUACAUUUUAAUGUUCUGUAAAAUAAUUGGGUGGCAUUCAGUGAAAUUUUACUAACAGUGGACUCAGUGACUUGGUCAUGUUCGUUAAUUGCAGUGAGCGUACUCUGAGUAAAACUCAGCCCAUUAUUUAUUGUAACGUAAUAGUUGUAGUAGUAAUGUAACGCAAGAGUUUUCUGCAGAGGGCUGUAUUCUGUUGGCUGGUUCUGUCUCCUGUUCCAGAGAGAGAUGCCUAGAGUCGAUCUGUGAGCUCCUCUUUCCCACUGAAGUUUCAUACGUUAAUGAUUUAGGUCACUUCCGUACCAUGUAUUCAACACACUCUCUUAUCUCACUUGAACCAUCAUGGCUUCUCCCAUGGAAUUCUGGGAACCGUAGUUUUUUAAGGGUGCUACUUUGCUUUGAGGACUCUUAAAUCAGGCUUUCCAAAUUUGGCAAUGCCUUGAGAGUGAGCAGGACCCCUCUCUGGUUGCUGGGCUUUGUUUUGCAAGCACUUUAGAAAUUACUGGUGCAAUUACUGUGUUUUGCUUCUUGUAAUUGGGUUUUCUUGUAUGCCGCAAAAUAGGCACUCAUGUUGGGUUGAACCAGUCAGCUUUUUGCAAUACGAAUGUUUCUGCUGUGCCUCUUCUCCCCCACUCUGCCCGGUGCUGCACCACAUGGUUUUUUAAGUGGGCCGACUGGAUAAUGAUGUACUAACCACAAUGAAAACGAGUUCUUUCAUGGAGCUUUGGCACCCGCAGAAUAGAGACCCAGCAUAUGAUAGGCAUAUGAUUUAACCGAAGAGACUCCCAGUGUUCCCCUGGAAAUAGCAAACAAGCUCUUUUUGCCUUUAUCCUUUCUCUUUAAAACAACACCAUUAACAGACUCAUAUAAUUCAUUUUAUAUGGCAGUAGGCAAUGUUCACAAGGCAGUUUCUGAGCUUUCAAGUUGCCCUGAACUCCUUGGUUUGGGGGUUGGAGGGAAGAAAACAGAAAAACAUGGUUGUGCUUGAGAGAAGAUUCUUGAGCCGUGACUACAGCUUGGUCUGUUUUCCAGUCUUGAGAAGGUGAUAACAGAAGAAGCUUCUUUCAGAUUUAACUGCAACAGAAUUAGUGCUCUGGACGGAGCUCGUAACUGAUGUGCCUUUGGCAUAUGGCUGCCAUGGCUUUGAGUUGGUCUCUGCCGACUUCAGGGAGAGCCAGUGCAGCACAGUGGUUAGAGUGUAGGACUAGGACCUGGGAGAUCAGGGUUCAAAUCCUCCCUUGGCCUUGAAGCUCACUGGGUAACCUUGGGCCAGUCGCUGCCUCUCAGCCUAACCUACCUCGCAGGGUUGUUGUGGAGAUUAAAUGAGGGAAGGAAGAACAAUAUACGCCACCCUGAGCUCCUUGGAGAACAAGGUGGGAUUUAAAUGCAAUGAAUAAUAAUAAUAUUUGCCGUGAGCUUGCAGGCACCAUGUUCACAAUGGAACAUGGGUCAGCUUUUCCUUGCACAGUGAUUGCUCUUGCUUCACUUUAUACAGAGCCAUUCCCUGCUGGCUUCUGUGCUUGUUAUCAGUGUGAACAUGGUCUUUUCAGCCCAAAAUGGCUGUGCUUAAAAUAUAGUGUGGAUCGACUAAAGAUGGCGACUGCUGUGAGCUGAGAGCGUUACAGGCAGAAUAAGAAAGGCAUUGCAACAUGGGCAUUAUUUUCCAAAUCUUUGGGCAGUGGUUUGAGUAUUGAUUUGCUGGGUUUUCUUUCUCCCUGUCUGUUUCUUUUAGUAUGAAGACGAAGAGGCUGCGGAGGAAUUCAAAAUUUCCAGCUUUGUAGACAUGGUUCGUGACUGCAGUCGAAUCGGGAUUCCCUUCAGCUCACAAGGUAGGUUUGAAAAAGCCAUGCGCACCUUGAACAGCAGUACACGACGUGCCAACUCCACAGUUCUGUGCUCCUAUAAUACUUUUAAGUCAGGGACAGGGAAAAAUGAGUCACUGGGGUCCAUUAUUUAUAUUAAACAUGGUAUGUGUGGUUCAACAAACAAAGCUCUCUGUCUGUGCCACAUGAGGAGUUCUUCCAUGUAACGCCUCCUUUAUGUAGGGAAAGAAUAGGCACCCUUUUUAGAACAGGAAACAAACCUUCCUGUUAAUUAUGUGAAGCUGGGAUAUAAAGCCACAGCACAGUCUUGAUUUUGUUUUGCUGGAAAUAACCAGCAAACAUGCUGAUGCAAGAAAGCUGCAACAAGCGUCUUGCUUGUAGUUCCAUUAAAGAAAGAACUAUGAACAGAGAGGAGUGUAUUUAUAGUUGCAUCAACUGUGGGUUUCCCUGGCAACGGGCUUCCCCUGGUGACCAUCCUAGCUAUGGGGCUGAGCCACUGAGCCUGCUCCAAUUCCUCACUCCUGUUUUUCAAAGCUAGGCAUUCCACUGGUCUCAACGAAAGGCUUUUUGGCACCCUUGAGGGAAGACAGCUGCUUUUUGUAAUGGUGCAGGGAGCAUUUGAGCAAAUGCCUGGAAUACAGUGGUUGUGCUGGAUGUUGCUCUUUUUUCUUUUCAGUAGGGAUUUGUACAGUCAUUUUCUCUCUCGAUGACUCGUAUGCCAUACCAGUUGUCUCCUCUUUGUCCUGCAUUGGACUUUGAGAAAUACCUGUGAAGUUCACAGGAAAUGUGCAGUUAAAAAAAAAAGUUACAGGAAAAAGGGAAUCAUCAACUUCAGAAUUAACUAUUAGGAAUCAUCAACUUCAGAAUUAAGCAUCUUCUUGUUGAAUUGGCCUUAGACUGCAGACUUAAACUACUGAAGUUACAUUGGCACGCAGUGGUCUUUCAGACGGGGAUGAAACCCAGGAGGCAAAUGAUGCCUGCUUUUCCAGGUUAAAUAGAAGGGGAAUGGAAACUUGGCUGCUGGCCUCUGACUGGAACUGAGCUGGUCUCAACUGGCAAAGGCAUCUCAGUCCAGAACAUGCACAAACUUAGCAAUGCCUCCUUGCUGAGGACCUGACAAUGCAAUGCAGCUGCGUUCUGUGCAGAUGUGUCACAAUGUAGGAGGGGAUCUGUGUUUUACCUGGGAAGACUUCCAAGUGAUUUUCAAUAUGGCAGCCAUAAGGAAGAAACAUGGAGUCAUGCGUCAGCAGCAAAGAAACCAGAAAGGUAGUCCACAAUAAACAAUUGCUGCAGCAUUCUAGAUUUAAAAGCGUUCUUUAUUGGAAAUGAAAUACAGUGGUGCCUCGCAAGAUGAAAAUAAUCCGUUCCGCGAGUCUCUUUGUUUAGCGGUUUUUUCGUCUUGCAAAACAACCCUAUUAGCGGCUUAGCGGCUUAGCGCUAUUAGCGGUUUAGCGGCUAUUAAAGGCUUAGCGGCUUAGCGGCUAAAAGGCUAUUAGCGGCUUAGAAAAAGGGGGGGAAAGCGAAAAAAUCGCAAGACUUGCAAGACGUUUUCAUCUUGCGAAGCAAGCCCAUAGGGAAAUUCGUCUUGCGAAGCGCAUCGAAAAACGAAAAACCCUUUCGUCUAGCGGGUUGUUCGUCUUGCGAGGCAUUCGUCUUGCGGGGCACCACUGUAUGCACGUAAGCAAAAAUGAAUAAAUAAGCCCAAAUCUUUUUUUCCCUGCCACAUUUUUCUAAUCUCGUAGGAAUCUGCUUUCUACUGGGUCAGAGUAUAGUGGUCAAUAUAGCAAGGUAUUGUCUACACCAGGGGUGGGGUGCUUGGCCAACCUUUUGGGAGCCAUAUUUGAGUGAUGAGCAGGCCAGAGUGCUGCCUGCAAUGGACGUGACUCUUCCUCUUCUACAAUUGGCACCAUUUUGACCACACACAACAGCGGGUUCCAUACACAAACAUCACCCUCUCUUCAUCCUCCACCCAAGCAAGUUAGAUGCAUGAUCACAGUUGAAGGCUGCAUCCCAGGCGGGCAUUUGAGGAGGGUGUGGGAGAGAAGGAUGUUGACCAAGGGCUGGGCAGAAAGGCCUUGGGGUGUGUGAUUGCUUUUGUCCCACUAGGCCAGAGGUUCCCGGCCAGAGGUUCCCGGCCUUUGGUUUUCACUGACCAGCAGCAGCUCUUCAUAGUCUUGGCUGAGGGUCCUUUGCAAACUUUCAUAGAGAUACCAGGAAUUGGAAUUGAGAUCUUCUGCAUGCAAAGCAGCUGCUCUGCCAGAGAUCUAGGGCACUUCUCCAAGGGUGGGGAAUUAUAUUUUCCCCCUUUAAGGAGAACAUGGCCUAGUGCAUUAUUGCAUUUACUUCCACAUCUUCUUUUUGGCCAAGAAGCAUCCUGUGUGUCACCUUCAUGCUCCCGCACACACUCACAUCCUAAUCCCAUGAUCUUCUGAAUAUAUUGAUUCAGCAAAAUGGAAAACGUUAGGGUUUUCCCCAUGUACAAAUGCUUCACCCUGUUGAAAGGCUGCAUUUAUUUAUUUAUUUUCAUCUCUAAAGUUCUUAACACGGUUGCAUGGGAACCCUGUGGUGCAGUGGGUCAGUGGGUCUGGCUGUUAACGGGGGCAGCUCUGUGAUUCUAGGAGUACGUCUUCGUUUAUAUUGAUAAUAUAAUAAUAAAUUUUAUUUUUACCCCACCCUCCCCAGCCAAGACCGGGCUCAGGGCAGCUAACACCAGGUAUAAAAACAAUUGAUUAAAAUACAACUUAAAAACAAGAUUAAAAUACAACAUUAAAAUGCAGCCUCAUUUCAGUAGAAACUCAAAUCAAAAACUUUUUGGGGAUGAAAAUGUCAAAUCUUCACCAAGGCCAACUAUCCAGACUGGUCCUACGUGGGCCAGAAAAAAGCCAGGGAAGUCCCCAAAUAGGAAUUCCAUCACAGGAGAAAGGAAAAAGGAAAGAGGGGGAGGGGAUCAAGUUGAUUCCAUUAGAGCAUAAGGCAGCCUAAAAUCUUUAUAUAAUAACCAACAGAACCGCACCAGCAAGGGAACCCUCUCUAGAUAAGCAGAACCAUUGCAUUAAUAUACAUGGACAGUGCCGCAGUUGCUUAACAAAAGCUGAGGAAUUGCACACCCACCCAAAUAAAAUUGCUUUGUUUCUUCAGGACAUCUGCAGAUAUUUGACAUGUUCAUUGUUGAAAAGUGGCCGAUCGUGCAGGCCUUUGCCCUGGAAGGAAUCGGUGGCGAUGGCUUCUUCACAAUGAAAUAUGAGGUAAGAGGCUGGAGGGAGGUUUCCUAGCUGAACAACAAGCCCAUCACGAGUCCCCCUAAGCCAGGACUUUUCUCCCUGCUGUGGUUCAUUGGAGGCGCUGGAAAGACUGUGACCGGGGAAGAGUUAUUUCAUCAACAUUGUAUUCCAGAGCACCCCAGACCUCUUCAUUUUAUUAUGGAGUCCCUAGUUUCGGGCUCCACACUUCCACAGCAUCUUCCUGUUCCUGUUUUAAUGUUUAUAUUAUUUUGCUUUGUGUAAACCAAAGAGAAGUGCACAGGAUAGGAAUCUUGUGUUGCUAUGUCUUGAGUGUGCCACCGUUCUCAGGAAUGUCCACUGAACAAUUUUUUCAACAUCUAUUUUGGAAACCCCUGUGUUACGCUUUCCUUUUACCAAACCAAGCAACUGAGAAAAACCCUAUUAAAAGAAAUUAGCUUUUAUUAUUACUCUUUCAGAUUGCAGAGUUACACUUUCAUCUCUGUUGUGAGCUGUCGGGGGUGUUGUCUGCCGUGGCCCCAAAGGGAACAUAUCCGUGUAAUAGUUAUUUUACAGAAACUGCCGGGUGCUGAAUGGCACAACGGCGCUUCACGUUCAUGGCACUAUUCACCAGCCAUAAUGGCAUAUUGUGAACAUUCCCAGCUGAAUGGAGUCUCUGUGAAUGGGGAUAGUGUUGUACAGGGCAACUUCUUUCCAAACGGAAAGGAAACCAAUUGCCUUCUCCUUAAGCAUUUUGGUGACUCCUCUGUGUUCUUACUGCCCCUUUCAAUCAGCCUAGCAUUGCUGCCUGCUUGGCCUUGGGGAGAACUGUAACGCUUGAGCUGCCUUCCCCAACCUGGCGCCCUCCAGAUGUUUGGAACUAUAAUUCCCCGUUCCCAACCCAGCUGUUGAGGAAGGCAGUGUUUGAGAAUAGAAGGCCUCGGUCCUGUAUACCUGAAGGAGCGUCUCCACCCCCAUCGUUCAGCCCGGACACUGAGGUCCAGCGCCGAGGGCCUUCUGGCGGUUCCCUCACUGCGAGAAGUGAGGUUACAGGGAACCAGGCAGAGGGCCUUCUCGGUAGUGGCGCCCACCCUGUGGAACACCCUCCCUUCAGAUGUGAAGGAAAUAAGCAGCUAUCCUAUCUUUAAAAGACAUCUGAAGGCAGCCCUGUUUAGGGAAGUUUUAAAUAUUUAAUGCAGUAUUGUUUUUAACACUCGAUUGGGAGCUGCCUAGAGUGGCUGGGGAAACUCAGCCAGAUGGGUGGGGUAUAAAUAAUAAAUUAUUAUUAUUAUUAUUAUUAAAAGCACGGAAUGUGCAUGCCCCUUUCAGAACUCUUUCUCUUUGCAGCUGAUGGAUGUCAGCGUGGACCUGUGGAAAACUUACAGCAAGAUUGAUCCUGUUUCUCUGGAGAGUUUACUUUACGAGGUAAUGUGCCAGACUUUUCUUCCCCUUCACUGCCACCCCCAAGGCAAAUUUGACAGAGAAUAAGCCCAUGUAUUUAGAUGUAUGAUUGCAUGGAGAGAGGGGUCCUGGUAUUCUGAUGGUUCAUCAUGUUGUGGUUUAUUCGGUUUCCCUUUUAACAUGUUUAGAACUAAAAUGACUUUCUACAGGAAAUGGCUUUUGUGUGGACCUUCAGAGAAGCCUGGGGUGCCCUGGGACAUGCUGUGGGAACUGACCCCACCCUACAGAGUUCCACAAAGUGCUAGCAAGGCCGGUUGGGUAUCAGUGUGAACUCAAGACUACACACUGCAUCAUACCUGACGCUCACCUGUUACACACAUGGCUGGGGAAGAUCGGCGGUAGUAGGCAAUCUGUCUCUUGAGAAACUGUGUCCCCGCUUGCGGAUGAUCUUGGCAAGAUGCCAAACGUCCAUGGUUCUGAGAAAUGCUGAGUCAUUUCUGCAUCCCAUAAAAUGGCGUUGGGUCAGUUCAAAUGUCAUGAAAAACCAUAGUUCCCCCCCCCCCAAUGAUUGCAGUGAGUUUGGAGCUUUGUGUUUCUCCCGUUCUGUUUCUUCACAUCAUUUAUUAGCCUCGGUUUGGGGUUAUUUCUGAACCAGUGUUCAAAACUCCCAUUGUUCUAGGCGCAUUUUGCAACAUGGAAUUUCAUUAGCGCCAGCAGUUUCUAAGCUCUGAGCGCAGUACUCUGCCUAAGAUUUCAGAUUAAAACUGCAGAGUUGAAGGAAAGGAGGACCUUUUUCUGCUUCCCCACUUCCAGCUACUCUCUGAAGACUGGAGAAGAGACCCUCUUAAGAAUAUUAGAGGGGUAGGCAGGGGAAGGACUAGACCAUGUGGGAAAACGAACAUAAUAUUUUAGCUGCUGUUCAUUCAUUUUCAGCUUUGAAUUCUUGUUAUUCAAAAAGCAUGCCUGUACAUUCCGUUGUUGUGCCCAUAACCUCGGUUUAAGGUACCAUUUAGCUCCUCGCUUUCAUAUCUCAGCUUCCUACACUGUUCGGAACCCCACACUGUGGUUUGUUGAAACAAGCCAUCUUAGUAAUACAUGGUUUUAAAUUGGCUUGUUUCAAACGAGUUUGUCAUGUUCAGAUACAGAGGGGGAAAGCUUCUCAUCUCCUCAUGACCGCAUGGGAGGAAGAGGAGAGGAGGAGCAAUUGAGCCUAAGGCCUCCCGUUAUCUCAUUCCCGUUAGGAUCAAUCACGUUUUAUUGCGAUAUCUGAAUUGGCUUAUUGUGUAUGUACUCUGUGGCUUUGGCCUCAUUACUCCCAGACAGCAUGGGCAGAAGCCACCAGGAAUGCCUUAUGUGCAGAACUUUAUGGAAUGAAUGAGAUCCUGUGCAAAACCACAGAGGGAGACGUCACCAGUAAUCUGUCUUCUUGCUUUAAAAGGCUGAUUGUGUGACUAAGCCUUUCUACCUCUCUCCCACUUGCCACAAUGACCUUUGCAUAAGCUCAGAGCAUUCAGGGUGCGUAUUGGAGCUGCAUUGCUGUUUUUUUCUCCUUCAGUUCCACACAUGCAAUGAUCCUUGCGCUUUUCUUAAAAUGACUACUGCAAACCCAGAGGCCUUCUCAUUCUGGUGUCUUAACAGUCUGGGCAGUUUUGCUUGUGAAAGAGUGGCUGUUCUUAAAGAGGGUUAAAAAUCUUCUUCUUCUUCUUUGGCGAUCACUCAUGAGUCUGUAAGUGACUGUGGAGGCCAAUUCUGGAUCCACACGUCCUUCCACAAUGGGGACAUUGGUUUCCGGGCAGGAGUUGAUCACGGUGUGGAUUUGCCAAGUGUGCCUUCCUCCUGGCGCGUUUCUCCCUCGCGUCCUGAGUUCGAGUGUCUUCAAAGCCCAUGACACCUUUGGUAAAGGCUGUUCUCCAACUGGAGCGCUCGCAGGCCAGUGUUUCCCAGUUGUCGGUGUUUAUACUACAUUUUUUAAGAUUUGCCUUGAGACAGUCUUUAAACCUCUUUCGUUGACCACCAGCAUUACGCUUUCCAUUUUUAAGUUUGGAAUAGAGUAGUUGCUUUGGAAGACGUUCAUCAGGCAUCUGCACAACAUGACCAGUCCAAUGAAGUUGCUUCAACACUGGGUUAAAAAUGGACCUUGGCUGACACACAGUGGCCAUUGAUUGAGUUGCCUCCUCCUCUUUAAAGAACAAAAGUACUCUUUGCACAGAGCUGUGUGGGCAUCUUUAUAGGCACACACAUACCAUUGCCAUCCAAAAUGUCACUCUGUAAAAGUCACAGGUGUGUUAGUCAUAAGAUACAGAGUUCUCACGCUGAGGCCCAUAACGAUUUUGCACAAACUCAAAUGUACUUGAAUUCUUUAAAAAACAAAAGCUACAGUUAUUGGCCUUCCCAACCCUGUAGCCUGCCCUGCCUUUUCAUUUUCGUAAAACCUUCAUGUUCUUGCUGAACAGUGCUCUUCCUCUGAGGUUCCAUCUGCUCAUAUAUUUUAUUUUAUUUUAUUUUAUUUAAUAGGAAGGUGAGAGCCUCUUUCAGGAGGUCCUUAAAACCUAAUCUGACUUGCUAUCUUUUUUGUUUUGUUUUGUUUUCCUAUGUGGUGGUUUAGGGGAAUCAUAGAGUUGUAAGGGACCCUGAGGGUCAUCUAGUCCAGCCCCCUGCAAUGCAGGAAUCUCAGUUAGAUCAUACAUGACAUAAUAGAAUCCUAGAACUGUAUAGUUUGAAGGUGAGGAAUGUUGGUUUUCUCUUAAAGAGAAAAUACUAGGUAUAAUAUAAGGAUGCCUAAGAUCCAGGUUUGGGGCAAGUACUCUUUGCUAACAGAACCCUAGUCAAGAUUUAAAAUUACAAAACAUGCAGUGUGGAAAUAUAGGCUGUUAGACCUUUAAAAUAUCACCAUUUCAGUUCCUUCCAAAGUUCUCCUCUUCCCUUACUGUAGAAAGUAGCUAUACGUUUGGUAAGUUAUAAAAGGUUUACUUACAAAUUCUUCAAAGGUCGUAUUCAUGUGCUUUUCCAUACAGCAGUUAGAAGACAUAGGCAGUGAAACUUAUGUUCCAAAUUGGUGAAAGUUUCUAAAUUAUUUGUAUAGAAACACUACCCCCUGCUCUGUUUAAUUGGAUUUUUGUAUGCCGCAGACUCGGUCACAGAUGCAAAGUAAUCUCCUUUAACGGCUGAUGUGUUUCUCUCCUCAGGAUUUGAUGACUUUCGAACAUCAGUGGACCAAUUUCUUUGCCAAUUUUGACACCGAAAUCCCUUCCAUCCUGGAGCUGUCAGAGUCACAGGCAGGAGAGGUAUGUAUCUCGUUAUGCGAAAGGGGAAACUCUCUUUUUCGGAAACCCAUUUUUGGGGAGGAGGAGGGGUGCCUUUUUGCCAUUGCGACUCUUCAACAAUUGAGACAAAGAAAUCCUUGCUGAAUUACAGCAAGUCACCCAGAGAUCUACCAGUGGACCAUAGGUCUAACCUUCUGUCCACCCCUGAAUUAUACUGCACACAUAGUAUUUAACAAGUCUUGGUAGGGAAGGGAUUUAGCUAUCGUGCAUCACUGGGAAGGGAAUCAUUUAUGGGAGUUAUUAUGUUGGCCUGCCUCUAAAUCUUACAAGUUCCAUUGAUUGCAUCUAAAGUUUUUGAUCUCUAAUUUGAAAAAAACAUACACUAAAAUCCAAACUAUGUGAAGAAAUGGGGGGGGGCGUUGUUUAAAAAAAUCACAUUUGCUAAAAUAACAUGGGCAAGAACAAUAUGCCUCUCUUAUGCAAGGGUUAGCAAACUUUCAGCAGGGGGCCAGUCCACUGUCUCUCAGAUCUUGUGGGGGGCCGGACUAUAUUUUUUGGGGGGGGGAAAGGAAUGAAUUCCUAUGCCCCACAAAUAAUCCAGAGAUGCAUUUUAGAUAAAAACACACAUUCUACUCAUGUAGAAACACCAGGCAGGCCCCACAAAUAACCCAGAGAUGCAUUUUAAAUAAAAGGACACAUUCUACUCGUGUAAAAACAAGCUGAUUCCUGGACUGUCUGCAGGCUGGAUUUAGAAGGUGAUUGGGCCGCAUCUGACCCCCGGGCCUCAGGUUGCCUACCCACGCUCUUAUGCAUCCAAGGCGUCACUGGUGCCUUGUGAACACAGUAAUUCUUGGGGGGGGAUUAACAAGCUGGUGUACAUAAGGUCAUGGCUAAAGUAGCACAGCAGUUGAUUGAGAGACUAUAAAUUUAUUCUCACAAUGAGCAAACUUUCAUCCAGGUUCCAAAAGAAAGUACAUUUUUAGGUAUAGAGAGGUGUUAAACCCUUGUACAUUAAUCAGUUGGCUGACGAGUUAUGAACCAGGCAGUAAAUUACCUAAAUUUUACUCCAGCAAUCGCCAUAAUGUUUCUGCCACUAAUUAUGUGCAUGAGAUUGUCAUUAUAUUUUGGGUGGUGUAAAUGCCAUGAGCGUUCAUUGAAUAAGAAAGGGGAGAAAUAAAUUUCAAGAAAUUAUAUGCCCUAUGCACAGUCUGAAAUAGUUUGUAAUGCACCGCUACACAUUUCUGUUGUUGCUUGGAUGUGUCAAUUAUUUCUAAUAUUCAAUAUAUUUUCUUCCAUAGCCAUUCCGAAGUUACUUCAGCCAUGGGAUGAUUUCCAGCCAUAUCACGGACAACAGGUACUCUAACUGACAGGUUCUUGAGCAAAUGCAGUACAGCACAAUGCAUUUCAUAAAAGCACAGCAUGUAAAAGAGUGUUUGCAUCUCUAAAACCAAAAGCACUCUGCUAUAACUGUGAUUUUGGGACGCGGGUGGCGCUGUGGGUAAAACCUCAGUGCCUAGGACUUGCUGAUCGUAAGGUCGGCGGUUUGAAUCCCCGCGGCGGGGUGAGCUCCCGUCGUUCGGUCCCAGCUCCUGCCCACCUAGCAGUUCGAAAGCACCCCUAAGUGCAAGUAGAUAAAUAGGUACCGCUUUAUAUUGGGAAGGUAAAUGGCAUUUCCGUGUGCGGCGCUGGUGCUGGCUCGCCAGCUGCAGCUUCGUCACGCUGGCCACAUGACCUGGAAGUGUCUUCGGAUGGCGCCGGCUCCUGGCCUCUUGAGCGAGAUGAGCACGCAACCCUAGAGUCGGUCACAACUGGCCCGGACGGGCAGGGGUACCUUUACCUUUACCUUAUAACUGUGAUUAUGUUUUUUUCCCAUUAAGCUGUUGACAGUCAUCUUAGUUUCGACAAUAGCCAAAGCCAGAGUAACCAUUAGCUUGUUGGGGAGUCUUUAUUUAUGUGGCUUAUCUUUCUAGCUGGCAAACAUUCCAGAGUAUAACCGCUGAUACAACCAACAUACCUAGUCAAUUGCUUCUGCAAAUAAGCCUCUACUAUAGGAACUUAGGUAUGCAUACGUGACUUCCAGCAGCUCUCUAAGUUCUUAAGGAACACAAGAAGCUGCCUUUCCCCCAGUCAUAAGAAUCAUAGAAUUGUUGAGUUGGGACCCCAGGGGUCAUCUAGUCCAACCCCCUGCAGUGCAGGAAAAGUCAAAUCAUUGGCCCAUCCAGCUCAGGAUCAUCUGCUCUAACUGUUAGCCAUUCCCCAGAAUUUCAGACAAGGGGUCUUUCCCAACCCUGCCUGGAGAAACCCAGUGCAAGGCAGAUAUCCUAUGGCCCUUCCCCAAAUAGCAGGUGAUAUGAAAAAGCUGAGGUUUUCCAUAUCAUUUGCUACCUGAAUCUUUUAACUGGAGAUCCCCGGGUUUGAAUCUGGCAGCUUCUUUCAUGCAAAGGAAAUGCUCUACCACAAGCUACACGCUCUCCCUUGUUUGAGCUGUGUGUACUUUGCACGUAAUAAAAAUAAAAAUGGUAAACUCUUCACCAGGAAAAGCUGAUUCCUGAAACUGGAGCAAAUGGUUCAAGUAAAGCAUUUCGUCAUUUUCCAAGCGUGAGUUGGUGGUGAUGGCUGUUUUUGUGUGUGUGUGAUUAGUCCCAGCAGGCAGCCAUUUGUCCUGUUUGGCACCCAUUCCUCAAAAGAGAACCUGAACUCGGGCAACUUCAAUUUCCCGUCUGAGGGGCACCUGCUUCGCAACACGGGCCUUGGCGGAAGCACUGCCAAGCACAUGGUAAGCAUCACCCGGUGAGGUUUUGAUGGGCACCUGUUAAAAUAUGCCUGCAAUAAUGCUAUCUGACAACAGUUCUCCAACCCAAGAGCUACGGGGUCUUCCAGUCUGGUGGGUUCUUUCUUUACAUGCAGAUAUAUUCUGCAAUUUACCAUUGGCACAAGGGACGCGGGUGGCAUUGCGAUUUAAACCACUGAAUCUAGGGCUUGCCAAUCAGAAGGUCGGCAGUUCGAAUCCCCAUGACGGGGUGAGCUCCUGUUGCCCGGUCCCUGCUCCUGCCAACCUAGAAGUUUGAAAGCACACCAGUUCAAGUAGAUAAAUAGGUACCACUCCUGCAGGAAGGUAAACAGCGUUUCUGUGCACUGCUCUGGUUCACCAGAAGCGGCUUAGUCAUGCUGGCCACAUGACCCGGAAGCUGUACGCCAGCUCCCUCAGCCAAUAAAGCGAGAUGAGCGCCGCAACCCCAGAGUCGGCCACGACUGGACCUAAUGGUCAGGGGUCCCGUUACCUUACCAUUGGCACAACAGUGAAUCAGUGGAGGGUUUAUACAGGGCUGACCACACAUCCUCCCGUGUCAUUCAUUGUUCUGUGAUGCUUCUCCAGUUUCACGGCAUCGUUGCCAACGGGAGGGCAGCUCUGGCACUGGAGCAUGACAAAAGUGGAACAUUUGCGGUAUGAUAAGUUAACAGAAUUGCAGCAGGAAGUUUUGGGGUGUGCGGUGAUGAAGCAGUAUGACCACCUUGAGACCUUUGAAGACAUGAACAGUAUCGCAAGAGGGGUUGGUGUGUCCCUGAGAUGCUUUUGAAGUGGCAACAGGCCCUAAAUGGCAACCACGGGCCUCACAUUGGAGCUUGGAUCCUCACCCUUUAGGGAGCAGUUACUUACAGUUCAAUCACUGUUCAUAGCAAUUCUUGGGGCAGAGAGCAUAUAACCCCCUUUCCUUUCCUGAUGCCCUGCAGAAGUUGUCGGGCUCCAACUCUGAUCGUUCAAGCUGUCUGGGGCUGGUGGGAGUUUUGCUUCAGAUGCCAAACUGCGUCAGGUUAGGGAAGGCUAAAGUAUGCAGUACCCUUAUUUCUUGUCACCCACCUGUGCGUUUUGUGUUUGCUGGCGACCAGGUUGUGCAGUGUGUCUCUCCAAAGGGACCUCUGGCUUGCUCCAGGACCUACUUCUUUGGAGCCACUCACACGCCUUACCUUGGUAAGUUCAGUUUCGGCUGCUUUUUCUGUUCGUGCCUCAGCAUGUCUGUCCUUGUCUGUACACACACACCCUGCUAGCCUUUGUAAUUCCUGGGACUUGGAGUGGGUUGCAAUCCAUACAAACGCGCACACACAUUUCCAAAUUAAAAUAAGAAGAAAUGGGUUGAAACAGGAAUGGAAGAGAACAGAUAAAAUUCAAGGACGUAGGUAUUCCAAGAGUCAUCCUUCCUCUAUUUGGUGUGCUCUGGAUGUGUUAAGUAUUCUAUAUGAUUUAUGUUCCGUUUUUGAUGUCCUAUUGCGUUAUCGUUAUUUAUUGUUUGCAAUUCAUGUGAAUGAAAAGCAGCACAUAAAUCUAAGAAAUCAAAAAUGACACUUCCCUUUGGCUCAUAACAGGCAAUGACAAUGAGAUGGAAAAGAAAGCCGAACAAGUGUAAGUUGGUUUUUAGUUUUUUCCAUUUAUGCUGCUCUCUUGCCUGUUUCAUACGUUAUUGGCUCGUCAGUUUAAUACAGUGGUGCCUCGCAAGACGAAAUUAAUCCGUUCUGCGCGUUUCUUCGUCUUGCGGAUUUUUCGUCUUGCGAAGCACGGAUGCACCCUGGUACUGUAUUAUAAUGGGAUAGCAGGCAAAGCACAAAGCGGGUCGCUUCCCAGCAGGAGGAGUUUCCCCAGCCUGGAGGAUCUGUUGCCGGGAAGAGGCAAAGACACCCCCUCCCACCUCCCCACGAAAACAGCCCCCCUUCCUCUGUCGCCAAGCCUUGCCGCGUCUUCGCUCGGCCAAACCGCGUCCCACAUCAAAGCCCCAGCCCGCUCCUCUCCCUCUCUCUCCACGAGGUGCCAAAGGAAGUUCGAGCCCAGGAACCGAGGGCGGACGCACGAAGCGCCCGGCGCGGACUCUCCCUUGCUCCCCCCCGUUACCUUGCGCCACGCCGCCGGGCUCCCCACAGUCUCGGCAGCUGCUCCCGGCUUCUUCCCACCCCCGCAAAGGCGCCUUCGCGGCGGCCCAAGCGCAGUGGAUGCCUCCUCCUCCUCCUCCUCCUCCUCCUGCCUUCGUGCAGUUAGGGCAAAAUGGAGCAGCCACGUGGGGAGGGGGAGAGAGAGAGAGAGGCAGAGGCGGCGGCGGCGCAGAGACCCAGCCAGAUCCGCUGGAUCCCAGCCCACCUGCCUCCUCUGUGCCCUCUCCAGAAGAGGAUCCCUCUGGAAAAGGUAGGUCGCUCCCUCGCUCGCUCCCUGCCAGCCCAGUUCCCGCUUCAAAAGGAAACAAACUCGCAAGACGUUUCGUCUUGCGAAGCAAGCCCAUAGGGAAAUUCGUCUUACGAAGCACCUCAAAAAACGGAAAACUCUUUCGUCUUGCGAGUUUUUCGUCUUCCAAGGCAUUCGUCUUGCGAGGUACCACUGUACAGUUAGAACGUGCACCAAUUUCUGUUGCUCGUGGUGCAUCAACGAAGCCUUGAUGGCUUUUUUCACUUUCCUAGCCAGUGGGUUUGUUCCACAACUAACAUUCUGGUGCCUCUAGCUUUCAGUGCGACUCCGUUCAGCUACUUCAUGAUUCUAAAUUCUUAUCACUGCUGUAAACAGUUAUUUUAAUCCUUCGUGAAACUUACGUAUGUGUCCCUGUUGUAUUUAAAGUAUUCAGCUUUGCGUUAGGUUAGGAGCCUGUGUCUCAGUUGAAAUACCCAUUGAGUGUCAUAAUUUGCACUGCAUUUCCUUUUUUAUUUUUAUUUUCUAGCAAGCUGCUCUCUCAAAUCUAUGCUGCCGCCGUAGAGGCUGUCCUGGCUGGUAUAGACUCCUAUUCAAGAACAUCCAAUACCAGCAAGGUACUGAUGCUUCUUCCUAUACCAGAAACCGACCCUUCCCCCUUUCCACUAACUUCCUCCAGAGGUUUUUAGAGAGGUUGUUGGGCAUGCUGGAGGCAGCGCCUCAACAACCUUGGAAUAAGUUUUGCAGACAGGAUUCUUGCUUUCCCACCACCUGGUAAGAAGUGGUGGGAGAAUGAGACCCUUUUUCUUACUGGUGAGUGAAAGAAAAAAGACACUCAUGACCCCAGUCACCACAGAGUGGAUGAGGGGAAAUCAAAAGUAGUAUGGCAGGGCCUGCUUCUCAAGUCCCCCUAAAGCCCAGCGGCAUCCUUGGGGCUUGUUAUCCUUUGUUUUCCUUUAUCUCAAAUAGCUGCAUCGUGUGACUUUUUUCCUAUCUCCUCCCCCUUAUUAUCUAUAUUAUUUGUGGUGAUUAGCUAUUAAUGCAUGUGCUGCAUUAUACCAAAACAGGCAUCUCAGUUUUAUUUUAUUGUAAGGUGGGAGUGUGGACCUGUUUGAAAGUCCUCUGGGCCUUGGAUCCCAAGGAACGCUCCUCUUUCCCACUGCUUCUCACAACUUCUUGAUCAGAGAUGGUUUGACGUCACUUUCUCCGCCUCCCCUCUUUGUCUUUUGCAGGCAAAGGAAGUAGCCGAGCAAACGUUCUUCAGUAUUCUCGAUGCCUUUGAACUGGCUUACUUUAAAACUCCAUUGCGGUAAGCGGAAUUUCCUUGAGACUAAUUAAUUAAUUUUUUUUGAAAAAAGCAAAAGGCGUUUCUCAUUGUCUGGGGGCACCAGGGCAGAUGCUGCCCCUAGGUCUGCUUGUUGAAAGGCAUGGAGAGGCUGCAGACUGCGCGACUGAGAGGGUGUCUUGUCUGAGGCAACAGCUGGCGCUGCCUGCUCCACCUCCAAGCUAUACCCCCGGGUAUAGGUAGUGGUAAAGGGACCCCUGACCAUUAGGUCCAGUCGUGGACGACUCUGGGGUUGCAGCGCUUUACGGGCCGAGGGAGCCGGCGUACAGCUUCCAGGUCAUGUGGCCAGCAUGACUAAGCCAUUUCCGGCAAACCAGAGCAGCGCACAGAAACGCCGUUUACCUUCCUGCUGGAGCGGUACCUAUUUAUCUACUUGCACUUUGACGUGCUUUCGAACUGCUAGGUUGGCAGGAGUUGGGACUGAGCAACGGAAGCUCACCCUGUCACGGGGAUUUGAACCGCCGACCUUCUGAUCGGCAGGCCCUAGGCUCUGUGGUUUAACCCACAGCGCCACCCGCGUCCCAUACCCCCGGGUAUAGGGUGAUUAAUAAUAAUAAUAAUAAUAAUAAUUAAUAAUAAUAAAUAAAUAAAAAUAAAAAUAAAAACAACUUCAGAGGUGGCUUUGGUGAUCCUGCUCUUUGCUGGCCUUGGGUGGGCGAAGAGUUGGGGGGGGCAUGUAGCAAACUGCCCUGUGAUUCUCAGAUGAAGGGUGGUAAAUAAACUUAUUAAAUAGCAACAAUAAAUAAGCUUUGUGAAAUAUUUGCAUUCACAAAAAUCAGCCUUGUUUAUUUAUUUCAUAAGGUUGGCACACUUGAUUUGUACACGCUUGCAAACCACCUUGAGGUGUGUGUUUUUUUACAAACAGAACAAAACGAUAAAAUUCUCAGUAAAAACAGUUAAGAACGACCAUUGGAAGCACUCUGAAGAAGGUCAGCAAUGAACUAGAAAUAGAUUAAAGCACAUAUCAACACUCUGAGCCUCGGGUAGGCUUGUCUAAACGAAACUGUUUUUCUCAGUUCUCAGAGUAUCUUUUAAAUCUGGGUGUUCGUAAGAUAUGGAUGUGUUCCUAUUAUAAGACGAGAAGUAGCCUUUAAAAAAUAUUUAAACUGCUCUGAGUUUAUAUGGUGCUGUAUUCAACAGACGCCUGUGUUUACAAGAAGAGUAUGCCACACAAUCCUGUUAUAAUUAUAAGCAUGCAUUUCGCAGGAGUAAAUAUGUAGCUGGAACUUUUGGGGAAAGGUUUUGGUGGAAUCUGGAGCAGAGACGUGCGGUGCCCCUUAGGAGGGCAGUUUCACAAGCCUGGCAGUGUGUAAAAUGUGGUUCGCCCUUCAAGCUGCACCAAUGUCAUUCAUUUGAGUAUAAGCCUUUGUAAAAAAAAUUGAUAUUCUUUUGAUUUCCCCGCUUUUCUCCUUUACAGCACCAGAAUAAAUUUUCAGAUUCAAGCUGUGAACAACCAUGGAAGGUCAGUUCCUUUAUGCUUCACUUUCAGGAGGCUGCUUGUCUUUUUGAACCGACUGCUUAAUAGAGAACAGAGUUUGCCUUUAGUCUAACCAAGCAAAGCAGAACAAAUAAAGCGCUUGGUGCCGUGAUACCUGUGGUUGCCAGAUGAAUAGCAUGGGUAUUCUUCAAACCACUUAGUCAUCUAGAAAUAAAACAAUGGAAAAAUGGAAGCUUGCAUAGAAAUAUCCUUGCUUCGUGGCUUCAGUCUUGACUGAAUGUUCACACCUUGAGAUCAUAGUCAUAUUAUAGUAGUUUAAAUGUGCCGUCUACAAUUUCUGGAGGACUUGGGGUGGGUCACAGUGUAACAUGAAUGGCUGCAUUCAUUCAGUCAUAUCUUGGAUGAGUCUCUUGCACACGUCUGCAGCUCCUUUGCUUUCCCCCCAUAAGCUGCAGUUAAUUCAGGAAGUUCCUAAUUAGCCAUGGUUUCCUAUUUCACCUGCUUUGAAGCAAGCCAUCAUGCUAAACCAAAAAUCAAACGGGUUCAGUAUCCUGUUUUGUUCUGUAGAUGAUAGCCAUUGCUUCCCAGUUCUGGUGAAGCAGGAAACGGGUUAAUUGGAGGCUUUCUUAAUUGAUUUACAGCAUGUAUGAAGAGAGAAGCAAAGCAUCUCUGCGCUCGAACAAAAUGUCCCUACAUUCCUUGGCUUAAUCAUGGUCUGAACUGGGCAAAUAUGUAUUUACCUGCAGCAUUUCAUCCUAAGCAUUAAAAUGUUUGUAAAAAUGUAUAGGGGGAAACGGCAAAAAACAGCUUCUUUUAUUUAUUUUUAUUUCAUAAAAUAUAUAUACUGCUUGAUUGUAAAAGCAAACAAACCUCAAAACGAUUUACAUUACGUUUGUUAAUAGGGAGUUGAGCAGCAGAAUAUUAAAUUGUCUCAAAGGGCUCCAUAAACAGCAAAAAGGUGAGCAGGGAUUGAGCCAGGUGGGCCUUCCUUGGGUCAUGAUAAGAUUUUGAACUCUGUGCUUGAUGAUUUACUGCUGGAGUCUCUAGGGCAGCCUUUCUCAACCUGUGGGUCCCCGGAUGUUGUUGAACUACAACUCCCAUCACCCCUAGCUAGCAAGGCCAGAGCUCAGGGAUGAUGGGAGUUGUAGUCCAACAAUAUCUGGGGACCCACAGGUUGAGAACCGCUGCUCUAGGGCCAGUUCUGACUGCAUAUGAUGCUACUCAGACAUCUCUGGGAACACACUCGGCAGAUACAAUUCCUUCUGCUGCUGCAUCUUAGUAAUGUCCAGAGAGGUCUACAACGGUGGCUCUUUUUUAAGCUCCUGCAAUCAUGAAAUCGCUCCCAAGGGGCAGCAGUACUUAGACAUGGACAGAGGCUGGCUCAGGUGAUCCUAUGAAUCCAUUCUCUGAAUGCAUUUUUAAAAAUGUUCCUCAUUUGCCGGCAACUCCUCCAGCCAACUGGCGUCAAACGUAUUGCUCUGCCUUCCUUUGGACCACAUCAGGGAGGCCGAGAGAGAGAGGGGUCUUGUUGUCUGAGCUGCUUCGGACCUCCAUCCACACUGCCCAGGCUCAUGCUCCAGAUUGGUCAUUUGGUGCUGAUAAUGCAGUGGUUUUGCUUCACCUCGGAAGGCACACUCCAUUGCCUCUCAAGACAGACGGAUGCCAGCAACAAAAAAUUGCCUUGUUGGUUUUCUCAAUUUUUGCUGGUAGGGCAGUUUCAAGCUGCAACGGAAGUUUUCUAACAGUGUGUUUAUCCUUCCAGAAUUAUUCCGCUGGAUAAUGAGGACAGCCUCUACUUAGUGAAAACAGUGAGUCGAAUUUAAAGUUUGCUGCUUCCUAGAUGUUCAUGUCCUUUUACUAAAAUGCCUUGAGAGUAUUGGCAAGUUCAGGAAGGCUCACGAGAUCCUCCUGCCUCCUGCCUGAGCCACAUUGUGCACAGGGGCUUAUACCUGGCAGAGGUGCAGAGGAGGUGCUAUGUACCCCAAGGAGCCUCAAGGCUGGGAGCCAAAGGCAGCCCUCCAGGCUUCUCUCUCUGUCCCCUGGGACUCCCCCCAAGCCACAUCCUUCACUGGCCUUGCUUCCACCCUAGUUCUUGCGUAGUGGGAAUGUGUCUCUUAAUACUUGCCUGCAUGGAGGACAUAGAGAUAGUUGAGUCUGCAGAAACCACAUAGUCACACAAGAAGAGGUGGCAGGAUCAGGCCAGUGUUUCAUCUGGUCCCACGUCCUGUUCUCACGGUGGCCAAUGGGAAGCCCAAGGUCUGAGUGCAAGAGCAGUGUCGCCUCCUGGGCUUUCCAGCAACUGUUACUGCUUCUGACAGGUGGCUAGUAGCCGCUUAACCUCCAUGAAUUUGUCUAAUUUUUUGGAGCUAUCCUAGUUGGUCGCCUUCACUGCCUCCAGACUAGCCUACGGUACCAAGAUAAAAUUAACAUUCAUUGCUUUUCCCACUUAUGCCUUUUGCCUCACCACUGACAUGUGGCCCUCAGAAGGUUGUGUUUGGAAGGGAAUCUGGCCCCCAGGCUGAAAAAGUUCCCCACCCAGCUGUUCCGUAGAAUUCCUUCAGUCACAAAAAUGUGAACUCUAUUUUAGCUGGGGACUGUGAUGGAUAAAAGUGGGAGUAUUGACCCAAGCUCUUUUUUGCUCCUCCUUUUCUCCCCACCCGCUCCCUUGGUUUGCUGCAGGUGUCCAUGACAGUAUAUGACAUUCCUGACUUGCUUGGCGGAAGGGGUUGCCUUGGGUCGGUGAUCUUCUCAGAAUCAUUCCUGGCGUCACAAAUUCUUGUGAAAGAAAAAGGUAUUUUUGUCGCCCAAGAAAACCUGCGGGGGGGGGGAGCUCUUUCAAAUGCAACGUCAAAUUACGUUGCAUGUGGAAUGGCUUUUGGUUCACGCGUAACACCAAGCCAGCUUGGACAGUGUGUGAUCAAACUUUGGGCUUGCAGACUCCUCCUACCCCCUAUUAUUUUCCUCUUGCGUAUUUGGAUUGCCUCUCUUUCACAAUAAACUACGGCUUGCUGUUCCACCUAUAGUUUGACCGUGCUGGUAUAGAGGGCAAGCACAAACUAUAGGUUGCCUGUUUGGGUGUUACAGCAACCUAUAGUUUGACAGAAGAGAGUGGACAUGGGAGGGCAGAUUAAGCAGAAUGGGCGUCACAUGACCCCCAAGGUUCUUCCAUUCAUUGGCUGAUGGCUUAGCAUUUCAUGCAAACCAACCCAAUGAGUAAAUGCUAAAUUCUUAUCAAGCACACACUAGCAAAUGGCUCAGCUUCACUGUGAAGUCUGCAUAUUAUUUAUCUGGGGAGGCAUUCCCACCCCCUGCCCCCAUUUGCCUUCACAAGCCUGUCCACACCAAGCUAGUUUCUUGAACUUAUCAUGGCACGGAGUUAGAGCACGUGAUAAAUUAUUUCACCUUUAGGAACCUUCCACUUACGGGUACAUGAGCCAGGAGGGAAGAGUCAUAGUGGUUGGACAUCUGCCUUGCAUGCAAAAAGACCCAGGUUAAGUCCCCAGCAUCUCCCGGUAUGACUGGGGAAGACUCCUUGUUUGAAAUCGUUCUGCAGUCAUUGUACACCAGCCUUUCCCAGCCUGGCUCUCUCCAGAUGUUUUGGACCAUGAAUCGGUCCCAGCCAGCAUCACAAAACAUCUGGAAAAUGUCAUGUUGGUGAAGGCUGGUGCAUACAGUACUGAGGUGAAUGGAUUGUUGAUCCAAUCACAUCCUAUGCUCCCAGUGGACCUAAGAUCUCCGUCUUGGCAACCUCUCUGAUUUGCAGAGUUCGCUGGAGGCAACAUCUACAAACUGUCCCCUUCCUGUUACAGUCAAACCUCGGUUGCUGAAUGUAAUUUGUUCUGGAAGGCCGUUCGACUUCCAAAACAUUCGACAACAGAGGUGCGGCUUCCGAUUGGUUGCAAGAGCUUCCUGCACUCAAGCGGAAACUGCGUCAGAUGUUCGGGUUCCGAAAAACAUUUGUAAACCGGAGCAUUUACUUCCGGGUUUUCGGCGUCCGGGAGCCAAAAUGUUUAAAAGCGGAGCCGUUUGAGAACUGAGGUUUGACUGUACAUGGCUUAGGAAAUGAAUCCCUCCAAUGAAACAGCCCCACUGAGCCACAGGCAUGCAGGAUGUUAAAUCUCCGGACGCUCAGGAGCUACGCUACUUAUGCUUUUCUUUGCUUUCCUGCAGAUGGCACUAUUAGCACAGAAACCAGCUACGUCAUUCUCACUGCAGCUAUCCCAAGAUCUGUUUCUUGGCUGGUAGGUAUGACUUCAUUCCCUUAACCCCCCCCCCUUUUUUUUUCUUUUAGUGAUAUCAUUGUGGAACUUUUUCUUACGAAUGUGCCGAAAGCAAGGAAAACUACUCUCCUGAGCUUGUUCCAAGUGCAACUGUGAAAUUGUGCUUGAAAUGGAUUCUGUACUUGGCAAUCUUAGUCAAUGAUACUGGGAGGUGGAAAGCUGAUUAAAUAGGACCGAGGACCGAAUAGUGUUAACUUUUCCUGCGUGCAAAUUCAGCCAAAGUGCUUUUGUCCAGUAGGAAAUGAAAAGUAGAGGGGAUUCCAAGAUAGGAGGAGACUUUGGCACAAAGCGUGAGGAUCACACAAAUGAAGAGAUGCUCUGUGGUGCGGCACAUAGAGAGAUGGACUAGGACAGGCAUAGGCGAACUCAGCCCUCUAGAUGUUUUGGGACUACAAUUCCCAUCAUCCCUGACCACUGGUCCUGUUAGCUAGGGAUCAUGGGAGUUGUAGUCGCAAAACAUCUAGAGGGCUGAGUUUGCCUAUGCCUGGACUAGGACCCAGGAGAGACUCAGCCUUGAGAAUCACAAGGUAUCAACACUUUGGAGGUCCCGUGCCUCAAGGAGGUUAGAUUGGUCUCAACUAGGGCCAGGGCCUUUUCAGCACUGGCCCCAACGUGGUGGAACGCUCUGUCACAAGAGACGAGGGCCCUGCGGGACUUGACAUCUUUCCUCAGGGCCUGCAAGAUGGAGCUGUUCUGCCUGGCCUUUGGUUUGGACUCAGUCUGACCCAAACUCUUAUGUUUCCCUCCCCUUAUGGUCUUGAUUUAUCGGCUACUUUAAAAUGGGACUGCAUUUUAAAUUGCAUUUUAACCUGUAUUUUAAAUUGGUUCCCUCCCCCGUUCCCCCCAAUUAUGUUUUUACUGUGAUUUUAUUGGUGUUAGCCGCCCUGAGCUCUGGCCGGGGAGGGCGGGGUAUAAAUAAAAUUUAUUAUUAAGGCUACCUUCGCCCAGUCACUGUCUUUCAGCUUAAGCCCGACACCCGAGUAAAACUGUCAUAUGGCACUGCGGCUGAAGACCAUUUUAUGCUUGCUCUAUAAAACUGGGGCCAUGGAUGAUUGCCAUAGUUGAGCCCAUGAAGUCCAAAGGGAUAGCUCAGUCGAUGGAGCAAUCAGAUGUUGAUCUCAAGGUUAUGGGUUCGAGCCCCACGUUGGAUGAAAGAUUCCUGCAUGGCAGGCGGUUGGACUAGAUGACCCUCGUGGUCCCUUCCAGCUCUACAGUUCUGUCGUUCUAAGUUGCGCACCUUGAAACGGUUCAGGCGGCAGAAGCUGCAAGAGAUCCACUGCAGCUACAUUACAGGAUUUCCAGUUUGCAAAGGAAAUGCGCUGAGCUGAAGCAAUUGUUUUUUGUUUAUAGGUUGAAGAUAAUGAAGUGAAACUGUCAGAGAAGGCCCAGCAAAUCCUGAAGGUUUGUAACGCAACUUGGCCGGCCGAUUAAGCUUGAGGUCGUGUGAGUGUGUCUGAGUCAACGCUAUGCUGGUGGAGGUUCCCAAGAAUAUUAAGCUUUGUGUUAUAUUGUCCGUUUCUGUCUCAGUGCUUGUCCUCUUCCUCCCCACCACUUGUUUUGCAGAUUUAGCUAUUUAGAUGUGGUUUGCAUGCACAAUGAGAAGGCUAGAAGCAACUUUUCUGAGCCUGUCCUUGAACGAAAUGAGGCUAAAGGGCCAUUGAGGGCGCAGUCCUCUGCCCUGCAUCCAGUUUAGAUGAGGGGACAUUCAGUCCACUAUUAUGUACAAGCAGUCCUGCUUGAUGGAGACAGAAGACAGCCCUGGCUUCAGGAUGUUACCUCUGUCUAAAACUAGACACUCCUCCCUCCAGGUGCCCCAUACCUCCUAAGGGGAGGCCUUGCAAUCAUUCUGAGAACCACUGGGGCAGGGAUAGGGAAUCUAUGGCCCUGCAGAUCCUGCCCAUCAAACGUGGCUGAGAGUGAUGGGAGACCAAGAGAAAACCAAGGGCCACUGGUCGCCCAUUCCUCAUGUCGGGUACAGUCAGAAAAGACAAGAGGUUUUGCCAUUGGUUCAGGGAUGGCUCAUAGAGCAUGUACUUUCCGUAGCGAUUUGAAAGAUCACAUAGCAACUGAGAAAACAACUCCUUUGUGCCUGAGACUCUGGAGAACCUCCUGCAGUCAGACAAUGAUGAACUGGACGGACAAAUUGUCCGAGUUGGUACCAGGCACCUUCCAGUGUUCCUAAGGGGUGUUGUGGAUCAACGUUCAGCCGAUAGGGAGAGAGUCUCUUUCAAAUAUAAUUGGUCCAGUUCAGAGACUCUGUUGCCAUUGUUUGAUCCUGAAAAAACUCCCCAUCUUUAUAGGAAGAAGAAUCUUUCCUGGGAACCUUUCUGAUGGGAGGCGACGGAGCCUAUAUUGCUUCCAGCAAUUCGCUGUGUAGACCGGAGGAAGGUAAGUGACCUGCCCUGAUGGGACGUUCAAAUGAACAGGCAGCAAAAGGAGAGGCCCAUGCGCGUGCACACACACACACACACACACACACACACUCGCCUUGGGUAUCUCAACUUCCCUGCUUUUUUAUUCACCCCCUGUUUCGGAAAGUCUGCCAUUUUGUCAACGCCCGUGAAUUUGAAUCUCAAGUGAAAUGUAACGGUCAAGAUUCAAAGGACCUCACGUCUAGCCCUAUGCCUGGGCAUGUGUGCUGGUUUCAGGAGCAACCCCUUCCUUGUUGAACAGCAAGCCUUUUUUAAAAAAUGAGAGCUUCAGGAGCAGCUUUUGACGUGGCAGGAGGUAAUAAAAUGCCAUCAGUUAUUAACACAUCUGAAAUAAUUCUUAGGUCCUAGUCCCCAUCCUCAGCUAGUGCUUUGUCUUUAUUCUUUCCUGUUAGAACAAUUGUUUUAUUAUGAAAUGGAAUCCUCUCAAAUAAACCUCCUUGUUGUGCUGCUAGUUGUAUCUUGUCAUCUACCUGUUUCAGUAUGAAACUGCUCUGAGGUUCAAGCUCCACAUCCAGCGUUGCCGCUCGUGGCAGCAUUUCCUUGGGGGUGCAAAUCAGCCCCAUGGAUCAGCAGAGCCGCUCUGUCCCUUAACCGUAAAGACCUCCCUGAGUCCCAUUUCAGCUUGAGUCAGUCCCAGAUGCCUAUCUAUUUACACCAUUCUGGCGCUCUAACUUGGAUUUACACACACACACACACACACACACACACACAAAAAUACACACCUGGUGUACCACCUGAGCCUCUCUGACAAGGCAUUUGCACUAAGAUGUUCACUUUAGGAAAUCUCCUUUAGACCUCUUUAUCCAAAAGGCUUUUCGGAUAACCCAGCGCUGCGUGGGCUUCAAGGUUUUAGCUUGCCAUAUUUGGUUUAAGCGACAAAGUGAAACUGCAAAUGUGCUUUUGCCUCCAAAGGGUAGCAUUUGCUCCUAAAAUAUUACUUCCUUAAAAGUAAAUACUGACUCUGGUAAGUUCCAGGAUCUGGUGGAUUUAAUCAUCGGAGUGAAUUUUUAUGCGUCGUUCACAUUUUUUAAAAAAGAAAAGUGGGAAGAGGGUGAAAAAUUUAAUUUGUGACUACGACUCUGCUCUCUAAUGGGAGAGUGACUGAGAAAUGCAGAAGAAAAAGGGCACAUUUUGCAUAGUUGCAUUUCCCAAUCUCUGUCUCGGAUUCAGCUUCUGUGGCGUCACUUUAUAGGAAUGAGUUUUCCUAAAGGAAUUUUGCUACACUUCACUGCCCUUAAAAGACAGUGUACAGAUAUAUAGAGCAAUGCAUCUGAAACACAAAAGUAGUUUGCUUAUUUAAAGCAAGUGUAGUGUGGAUGUGUCCAGAGGCAGCAUCCGGGCCUGCUCUCGUUGGGACCGUUGCCUCUUUUCCUCAUGUUCAGUUCAGCCUAAAAGUGGGCAGUACCGUGCAUGAUCCUCGAGUUCAUAAUAAUAAUAAUAAUAAUAAUUUAUUUAUUUAUUUAUAUCCCGCCCAUUUGGUUGGGUUUCCCCAGCCACUCUGGGCGGCUUCCAAAAAAAUAUUAAAAUACAAUAGUCUAUUAAACAUUAAAAGCUUCCCUAAACAGGGCUGCUUUCAGAUGUCUUCUAAAAGUCUGGUAGUUGUUGUUCGCUUUGACAUCUGGUAGCAGGGCGUUCCACAGGGUGCCACCACCGAGAAGGCCCUCUGCCUGGUUCCCUGUAACUUGGCUUCUCGCAGGGAGGGAACCGCCAGAAGGCCCUCGGUGCUGGGCCUCAGUGUCCCAGCUGAACGAUGGGGAUGGAGACGCUCCUUCAGAUAUGCUGGACCAAGGCCAUUUAGGGCUUUAAAGGUCAGCACCGACAUUUUGAAUUGUGCUCGGAAACGUACUGGGAGCCAGUGUAGGUCUUUCAAGACCGGUGUCAUGUGGCCUUGGCAAAAAGAUCUGCCUGGCUCCUUAUACAGAGGGAUUUUAAGCCGAUGCAUGAAGCGUCUCAUGUAUUCUUCUCCUCCCCACCCCUGCUUCCCUUUGCAGGUAAGCUCUAUUUCUUCUCAGAGGGCCUUCUGUUCUGCCACCCGCACUACGGAAGCAUCACCAUUUCCAAGGCUCACAUGACAUCCAUCAGGUUCUACGAUGGGGUGAGUGCUGGUCCAGUCGAAGCUCUGUUCUUGCCGCAACCGGUCCAUGCAGGCGGAAAAACUUUCUCCAGACUCGUGCAAUGCAGGAGUCCAGAAUUCUACAGGGCAGAAAUACCCGCCCCCCCAAGCUUGGGAAUAAUAAGGACCAGAAGUUGGCCAGACUCUCCUCUGUCUCGGUGGCAGGUGUAAGAAGAAAAACAGCCUUGAAAACUGGGGAGAUGUGGGGAUGAAUUGCAAUAAAAUGGGGAGCGGGUGAGUGUUGCCAUCCCACAACAUCAGGUGGCGCCGGGGGGGCUGCCUGCUGUAAUAAUAAUAAUAAUAGUAAUAAUAAUAAUAGUAAUGUUUAUAUAUACCCUGCCCUCCCCGGCCAGAGCUGGGCUCAGGGCAGCUAACACCAGUAAAAUUACAGUAAAAACAUAAUAGGGAAAAAACCCAAUUUAAAUUACAGGUUAAAAUGCAAUUUAAAAUGCAGCCUCAUGCAGAAGGAGGAGUGGCAUGGCAGUGGAAUCAGCAGGGAUCGUGUGCUCUUUUGCCCUGCACCCAACAGCUUAAGUAGGGAACUUUUAGACGUGCUCAAAGUAUGUGUGUGUUUCCUUCUGCCUCGAGUCUUCGAUUACAUCACCACUCCACAAUCUGCAAAAGCAUUUGGUGGAAGCGUGGCUUAUUAUACGUGAAGAACAAUGCAUAAUGGAGGGGUUAAACUUGAAAAGCUCCAGAUUCAAAGGCUAUGAACGCACAUGCCCCUUUGAAUCCUUUCUCCCCCUGCCUGCCUGCCUGCCCCUUUGUGGCGUUGCAAGCUGUGUGGGCCCUGACCUUCCUUCUAUUGUUUGGCUCCAAGACACCCAACUCCUAUAAACCUCUGGCUAUUUAUGGGGCCUCGGCUAUCGCUUCUGAACGGCUGCCAGGUAUUCUAGUGCGGAGCAAAAACUCCGAAAGGGAAUUUGCAUUGUUUCACUGACCUGGCAAGGCAUGAGGCUGGAGAGCUAAAAAUAACACAAAUGAGAUGAGAGGUGGCGAUAGUUGGGAACAUCUGUAGCCUAGCAAUAAUGCAGAUAUACAGGAAGAGAUAAGCAUUUUCAUCUCUAAAUGAAUCAGCGCCCUAGCGGCAUAUUCUAUAAGCUGCCUCCCCUCCACUUUACGCUGACCAUUUCUCUUGAUAACCAUCUGGGAAAAGGGGGGUGUUUCAGAAUCAGCAGUGCCAUAUUUGAAGUGUUUGCACAUUGCCGCUGUGUUCCAGAAACCAACUUUCAGAGGGAACCUCCAGGAUGCUAAAAACAGUUUCAGAGAACCUGCUUGCAAAAGCAAUAAUAAGCUCCUGGUCGGUUUCACUUUGGUUCAGUGUAUGUUGGUUUUUCUUCUUGACCAGGUUCAGACGUAGGUAAAGGUAAAAUGGGCUGGUGGCAACUAAAUGGGAGGCUUACCUCCCCAUGCAUCUCCCCCAUCAGGGAGCUAAUCCAGGAUCAGGCUAUUCAGUCUUUCAUGGACUCAAAUGCUGUACUGCAACAUCCCUUUUAAACAGAGGUAGAUAGUAGUGUUGCAUUCUUGUACAAAGUCUCUUUCUAACCAGCUGUUUUCAAACCUUGGAAGUAUAUGCAAAAGGAUGUCCAUGAUGUCGGGUUUUUCUAUAUGGGGGACAUCCUUCGGGGUGGGCAGGGGCUCUUGGAUAGCCAGUUUCCCACCCGCCUCCUUUCAGAAGUGGUUCUCUCCCUGUCCUUUUCCCUAGGACUCCACAAGUGUUGUUGCCGCUCUCCUUAUCGACUACAAGAGCUCCUUGCUUGCUCACCUGCCGGUCCAGCUCCACACUCCAGGCAACUCUCUGAUGAUCGCGCUUUUCCCAAAGUCAAAGCUUUAUAAAGCUUUCUACUCACAGGUGACGUGAACAAGAAAUUGGUCUAGAAGUAAAAAAAUGCCCUUUUCAAUAUCGUGGGCAAGGGGUGCCCCAUAGAGAGAGUGUCAUUACGAUGUUCUGCCGGCCGACUCCCCCUUGCGGUUGGUUUCCCCGGGUCAGGAAGGCUCGGGAAGAGGGAUGAAGCCAUCGGGGGCUCUGCUCCUUCCUGCCUCUCAGCCGGGCCCUGAUCCGAGCAGGUGUUUCCAUAUACAUCCCCUUUCUCCCAAGUAACCUCACAGAGAGCUAGCCAUGGAUUUUGGCAGCUGCGGCUGUGAACUUCUUUCCUGACUUUCCACCUGCUCUGCUCCUGUGGCCCUGGGGGUGAUGGGAGUGGUCCGAGAGGCAGCCAGGAAUAUGGGCAGUUGGCAUGGGGACUUCCAAUUUUGGGGUUGGCAUAUCCAGAUCCACUAGCUUGAGGGUAACCAACGUGGUGCUCUCUCUCUCAAGAUGUUGCUGGAUUCCAUCUUCCAUCAGUGAGCACCCAAAGAUGAUGGAAGUUGUUGUGUCUGACACCAUCUGAAAGGCUACCACUGCAAUUCCUCUUCAGGGUCACAGUGAAAAUGCAUCUUCUCCUCUGUGCAGACCUCAAGUUUGAGGUCUGGGCGGGGCUGAACCCUGGGUCUUGGCUUGGUCGAAAUGCCUCUGGUUUACUCUGACACAAGCGAGCGAUGAACCUUCUUUGCCACUGCUGUUUGCCUUCUCUGUUGUUGACUGUCUUUUGAAGUCACACAAGAUACUGUGUUCACUGAUGGAUGAACGUGCAAGUAAUAAUUUGCACACGUGAAAGGGUCAUUGCAAGUUAGACAUCCCUGACAGCGUGUUCACGUUGUCUUCAGAGCGAUGGCUUUUCAGCAGAGGAACAAAUCAUAAAAUUGUUGAGCGGUAAACUGUGUGGCAAGAGAGUAGUGUUUGUGUGGUUUUGUGUGUGUGUGUGUGUGGUGUGUGUGAGAGAGAUAAUCUGCCUUUGGCUCUAUGGAGAAGAGGCAAUGUUUUGUAUUAAUAGAGUUUUGUUAAACAAAAUGCAUGGCAAAUACCGAAUAAAAACGGGUAAUGAGUCAAUUGAAGUAAAAUCAGAUUUUAAAGUAUCUUGGGAGUUACUAAUCCACCAAAGCCCGAAAUCCAAAGGGAAGUUGGUUAAUAUAGUACAGAUCGUGCCAUUUGUUUGUUGGGGGACGGUAACUCCCCCCCAAAAAGCAUAUCUUGAUGAGCAUGAGCCAUGCUGACACAUUAACCUUCUUCUCCAGAGUAAUGAUUUAACUGCUGUUGAUUACUGGUAGAGGAAAAGCAAAGCAUAAUCUCAUUAAUGCUGACAUGAAAAAUAGCUCAUUUUCCUCUUAUUAAAUAAACCAUUUAAAGCGCCGCAGCUCUGUUCAGUUUCCAUCUCUUAGUGUUAGCAUUUAUUACCAUGGCUGACAGCAGGCUCCAGUUGUUCUGGGAAGCCCGGUUCGGUUUUUAAACGCCUUCCGCAGAGAGGAUUCCUAAUUACAGAUGUUAAUAACUAGUAGUACCCCAGGAAUCCUCUUGGGUUAGCCAUCAGUGGUGGUUCACCUUCCAAAACAAAUACCAUCUCAUAACUCCACUGCAACUAUUAAAUGCAGCAUUAAACUGUGUAAUUUGAAUGUUUUGUAUUCUUCCUUGUAGGUUUGCUCUGUCUGGCAACAGCGGGGGAAUUCGGGAGUAACCUUGAAGAUGACCCAGGAUGGCUGCCUGCCUGUAGAACAGGAGAAAUUGUGAGCAGAUGGUUCUUCCCCCCUCUAUAGAAUGGCAUGGAACAGGGGGGAGCCGCAAGAAAACAGGGCAGGGUGGAGUGCUCCUGUCCCAGGAGGCUUGCCUGCCAGCCGUGCCCUUUUCUGGGAAGUUCCAUUCCAUCCCAUCUCCCCGCUCAGCUUUUCCAUUUUUCACCAGUCAGCCAGCAUUCAGUGAGCACAUUUAGCCUCUGUUGAGCUCAGCCACCACUUGUCCUGCCCCAGAGGAUUUUUCAUUCGUCUGCAAACCUUAGGGUUGAGGAUGUUUCACCCCUCCCAUUGCAAGAAUCUGCUGACAAUGUUUCAGAAAGGAGGGGGCGGAUUUUGCUCAUCGCUUCUUCCGCUCCAGCCUGUGGGAGUCUGAGUGUUAUCUGUAUAUAGAUAAGGUGACUGCUCAAGCAGCUGUAACACUCAUGCAGUCCAGUGUCUCUGAUUAGUAUUUAGUUAGUUUAUGCAGUAGCUGUAGAGAAUAAAAGAAGUUAUACUUCAGAGCUGUCGUUCGUGUGGUUCAUGCUCUGCUGUGCUCUGUGACUUUUGGAACUGAGUUUGGUGCUCACAGCUCUAAGUUGUGAGUCCACAGCACUUAGACCUGCUCCCUGCAGUGGAAGGUCUCUGGGAGUGCUUUUCCAGCUCGCCUGGCCCAGUCGGGGCUGAAGAGGUUGAGUCCAGUCAUUGGCACUGGCUCAAAGGCGAAGCUGACAAGGGUUUCCUCCUGUCUCUGCUCAUUCCUCCCCCUUGUGUGCAAGUGGUGCUGUUUUGGCAAGAUAAGGAUCCCCACUAGAGAGCAAAUUCACUCAUAGUGUAUCUAUAGAAGGUUCUGUGUGCUGUGGAGUCCCUCAAUGUGUGUUUCACGCUGACGCAAACUAAAUAUCGAGCCGUUUCCUGGUUUGCUUGGUGUGUGCAGUUGCUUUUUCCUCUCCUGUCCCCUGAUCCGUUGCAUUUAUUCUCUUGUGGAGUUAGCAUUGCCAGCUUAUAUUAGUGGAGGUCCCUCUGGCCUCCUUUGAGGCCACUGGUCCUUCAGCUGGUGCGUCAGGACCCGCGAGAAAGUCUCCCUGCAGCCUAAGGUGAGUCGCAAGAGUGCCAAAGCCAUUUUCCCUUUUGCCUGGGUUUCUUGUUAAACAGGAGCACAGAUGCAGAGAGAGAGAAAGACAGGUAACAGUGCAAUGGAGGAGAGUCACUCAGUAGUUUAAUAGGAGCCCAUUUAUAGGUUCAUCUUCUCUAAGCUGCCCCUACCCCAAUUCCCUCAUCUGUUAAAAGCUCUUAAAAUUUCAGCGCUCUGCUGCUCUUUGCCAUUCAGUCACCCUAAAAAGAAGUGGCGGGGGAACAAGUGUGUGCAUGAAGAAAUCUGAAGUUUGCCAUUAAAAUGUGUGUCCUGGCUCCAAAAUGUUUGAAGGCUAACUGUCCUGAUGCACACUGAUGCAGUCAUAGUGCAUUCGCAGCAGAUUUAUACUGUGCCGUCCACAUAGGAGAUACAGUGGAGAACAUUACAGGCUUCCAGUCGGAAGCUCCUAGGCUUGCACUGAUUGGGAACACAGCAGGAUUUCCACUCCUGAAGUUCUGCAUGGAAAAACAGUGUUGAGGGGGAGUUGCAUCCUUCCACCCAGUGCCAUCACGAGCACAAACCCGCUUGCAUGUAGAAUGCAAAGGGUACCUGGAGGUGUUCUUGGUCGCAGCUUGGCCUGAGUGGUCGCUCCAGCAGAGCCACAGCUGUCUUUUGGCAAGAGGGAGGGAAGAAGUGAAAAGGAGAACGCUAUAGGAGGGAGAGAGGCUGAAGAGAGAGCGAUUAUAUUACCUGGGCACAAUGCAGGAGCAAAAGUCUCUUGUACAAAGCUGCAUUGAAUGAGUGGCGUAUUUCACUCCCCUGCCAGACUAUUCUCUUGGCCUCAUGUUGAAAGGUGAGUUUGAGGCGUGGUGGUUUAGCUUUGCAGCAAUGCACGUUGACUAGAAGGAAAUGGAGACAGCAUUUUCCCACGGCCAGAUCCUUAGUUCUAAAUGUGUGUCCUUGUUCCAGGCAUACCAGCAUGCAGAAGCUUUUCACCGUCCUGUCCUGUCCCCCCGGAGAAAGAUGGAGCCAGCUGAGAAUAUCGGUCAGCCUCCCAGAUCUGGACAGGUGAGAUUUCUCAAAAAGAGCCUUUGCGUGGCAAGUUCCCGCCUCCCCCGGGUGGAAAUAAAGACACAUGGCACAAAUACUAGGUUAAUGGGCAAAAAAUGGCCACAACUUUAUUGGUUACAGGAAUGAGCGGUAUUGGCUUGGGCAUUGGUCCUAAUCGACUAUAUCUGGCUUCAGCCCGAUUGCUUGAAGACCGGGAAGGGUUAACCACCAGUAGGGGGAGUCCUGCUGAUGCACAUCAACUAGGAACUCCCCCGGGGUCACCGCUCGGGGGCGUGCCUUAGGCCCUCACCUCCAUAGGCUUCAGACAGGGCCACGCCCCCCGGAAUCCUCUACCCUUCGAUAGGCGGCAAAAGAGGGAGUUCCCCGGCUGCACCAGUGUGAUAUCACGCAAGCCAUGCCCCCCUAGGCCAGCUGAAUGGCUGGUCAGGGGAUGACGCGGCCAGGGAUCCCCUCAAUCGCGUGGAGGCUGAGAGCCAGCCCCCCGCGCACGUGGAGAGGGCGUGAAGCCCGCAACUCCACCUCCUCUCGAGUUCGGAAGUGGUUUUGUGCUGACCAAAGGACAAGUUACCCCAUGGAACCCCAGUUGUUUGUUAGCUGGGCACAUGUCUCUCCAACUCUGGGUGGGAAUCGGGUCUUGUUAUGGAGCAAGUUCUUAAGCCACAAAUUGGCUGGUUUUGGAAUUAAUGGGGGAAUGUGCUUCGAGAAACAGAGAUAAUGGGGUGUGUGGAGAAAGGGAGGCUGGUAUGGAGCGCACGGCUUACACUUGGUCCAAAAAACUAAGGUUUAUUGGACCGAGAUGAUUCCAUAUAAAUUGGGCCUUUGCUGGAUUCUCAGCAUCUUUGUGGGCUCAAUGGCAGCCAUGCAGGCUUCCAGGGCUUCCUCCUAAAAAGUAAGUAUGGCUGCGAACAACUCUGCGCUGUCUUCUUCCUCCAAAGAUUUCUACAGCACUUUACGGUCAGCAGCGUAAGCCGUGAGCCAGUGAUGAGAGCCCAUUUGCCCACGUUGCUGCAGCAGUCCAAAGCGCUUCCUGACAACGAGGCGGAGAAUGAUAAGGUAAGAGCUAAUCUGAGACCCUCGACAUUUCUUAAAGGUCCUCUGUUUGCAUUACAGUGUUUUUACUUCAUUUUCGUGCAUUUUCCUCCAGUGUAACCCAUCUUGGCAACCUGAUUGCAAGGGGUUUUACGUACUUGUCUGCCAUUUUUAAAAAAAACUUCUUUUCAAAUUUGGCUUUCCUGCCCUUAAAAUAGCCUCUUUCAAACAUAACAUACACACAUGAUUACUUCGUCCUGCCCACAGACCCAUUUUAGCCCCUUUGAAAACUAGCAGCGCAGUCAGUAAUGAUGGCAAUGAUUUAACUAGUUCUUCUCCUGCUUUGAGGUGGUGAUCACCAUCUUAACCGGCCUCCCGGGAUGUCGCUCGAGUGAUCUCUGUUCUUUCCUGGUCACUUUUAACAAAGAAUAUGGAAGGUUAGUUGCGAUUUACUUUGUUGCUGUUUUCCUCCUCCUCCUCUUUUUAAAAAAUAGUGGUGGCUGAUGGGAAACUAUGUCCUGCUAAAGCUGUUCGUAGGGGAGCAAUUAGUGGUCAGGACCUUCUCCAAGUAUGACCUCUCUGCCUUGGAGCCUGGUUCUGCUGAGGUGCUCGAAUGGUCUAUCCCAGUCUUUGCCAACCUGACACUGCCCAGAUGUUACAACUAGCCCCCAUCAGCCCCAUGGUUACAGGCAGGGGUCUUUCCCUGCACUCCCAGGAGAUUCGUGGGAUGGAUCCUGUGGCCACAAAGCUGCGGCCUUUUACUGAGGGCAACUCACAGGGUGGUUUUUCCUUCCCCCCAGUCCUGAUUUAGACAAAGCAGAGGUGUGUGGGAAGUAUUAUUAUUUAUCACCACGUAUUCUCUAAAGGCAUUUGUUUUACCACCUCCUAUGUUAAGUCUCGGAACAUGGGUGGCUCUGUGGGUUAAACCACAGAGCCCAGGGUUUGCCGAUCAGAAGGUUGGCGUUUCGAAUCCCCGCGAUGGGGUGAGCUCUCGUUGUUUAGUCCCAGCUCCUGCCAACCUAGCAGUUCGAAAGCACAUCAAAGUGCAAGUAGAUAAAUAGGUACCACUCCGGCGGGAAGGUAAACGGCGUUUCCGUGCGCUGCUCUGGUUCGCCAGAAGCGGCUUAGUCAUGCUGGCCACAUGACCUGGAAGCUGUACACCGGCUCCCUCAGCCAAUAGAGCGAGAUGAGCACCACAACCCCAGAAUCAGUCAUGACUGGACCUAAUGGUCAGGGGUCCCUUUACCUUUACCUUAUGUUAAGUCUCAAGGCGGUGUACAACACUGUUAAAUUGCAGGAAGAAAGAGCCGGUGAAAAAAACUAGGGCAAAAUAAGUUACAAUGUGCUGAUGAUAACAUACAGUGGUACCUCGGGUUACGAACUUAAUUCGAUCUGGAGGUUUGUUCUUAACCCAAAACCUUUCUUAACCUGAGGCGCGCUUUAGCUAAUGGGGACUCCUGCUGCCGCGCGAUUUCCGUUCUCAUCCUGGGGCAAAGUUCUCAACCUCAGGUACUACUUCCGGGUUAGCGGAGUUUGUAAGCCGAAAUGUUUGUAACCUGAGGUACCACUGUAUUAAUGAUAUGUGGUGCUGCGGACGGUGUUGACAAUGAAGCAGGCAGCAUUGUUCUGACUUCGUUAUGCUCUUUUAGGUGGCUUGUUUAUCGCCAGACCAUGGACAGCCCUGAAUGUUUCAGCGCAGCUCAUUUCCAACGGUUCCUGGCAAGCGUCCUUGAACCCCAGCACAGCCGAAGUGCUCGUCUCUCGGCUUACAGUAGGAAGAAAGUGAGGCUGCUGGUGGUUCUGCAAGGGUAAGAGACUGCUUUUAGAUCUGCGUGAGCUUUUAGCAAUCUGCCAUCUUCAUGUUGCCACUUUGAGAUGUGUUUGACCUCAGAUCUGUAAAGUGGGAGGUGGGUUUAGGUAGAAUGGGAUCUUCUGGUAGAUCUCUGGAUGAUGUGCACUAGGUUGAUAACAGUUUCUGGCUCCCAGUUGUCUUACAGUGGCAGCAAGUGAAAUGCUCCUCUCCCACCCCACACAAAACCAGGAUUGCUGAAAAAUGAAUGCUUGGAGCGGGGAACCAGGAGUGGAUUUUUUCUGUGAAAGAUCCUGAUCACAGAUACCUUGACUCUGAGGCAUUCCUCUUACUUAAUUCUUAGUGUAUGUCCGCCCAGCUGAGAUACUCUUUCGGACCAGGCUCCAGCUGGUGGAUCUUAGGAUUCUAGUUUUAUUAUUAUUAUUAUUUAAAAGUGAAGUAAUUCCCACAAGCCUGAAGCCUGCCUACCCCUGCAGAAUGGUAGCAAUAUCCGAGCAAACUAUUCAUAAGUAUAGCCAACAUAUUGUAGGCAAAGGACACCUUCACCCACCCACACACACACACAAAAAGAGAGGCACUUGAUGGUCUUUUUUUAUAUAAAGGGAUGCUUUUAGAGUGUUCAGAAGCCUUUUGCUUUGGUACAUAGCUACAUGUUCCAGAAAAAUCCGAAAUAACACACAUGAAUGCAGGUGAACGCGCACACUUUAUCCAAGCAUAAGUUUGGAGCGAGAGAGACUGUUUUUGUAACUUUUAAAUAGCCCCAAGAUAGCAAGUAGAAAGGCCUUCGUUGUCUUCCUUCCUGCCUAAAAGCUCCCACGCAGCACAUUUUAUCGGACUGGGUGGCAGGAGCAGCGUUGGCAAGCAUUGUUGGUCUUGAUUCAAAGCAUCAUGAAAUCGCUCUCCAAGGGAAGUGCUGCUGGGUUGAGGGGAGUUAUGGACCCAACACAGAAGCCCUUUACAAUAACGCACCAAGGCAUUUCUAUUAAGAAAUGUCGGAAGUGAGGUCAAGUAUAGUUUGCCCGCCAACGCAGAACAAGGGAUGGCAAGAAGCCUUUGAAAAAGCUGUUUGCAGCAGAUUCACCUUUGGCAUUUUGAGAAAGAGAUGAACACAAUGGAAACCAGGGUUGGGGGGGGGGACACAAUUGGUGCACGACCUCUUGUCCUUUUUCAUUGCUGUCUCUUUUUGCCUGCAUCUCCUCUCUUUUUCUGCAUCUCGAGAAUGAUGCUCUUAAGACCCCUGCUGGUUGGAGUCAAGGGUCUCUCUAAGCCACAAUCCUGCUCUCUGCCAGCUACCUAAGGCGGUGGCAAAUGUCCCUGCUGUGUGUUCCCUGCUGCGCACCUGAUGUUCAGAGAGAUGCCCUUGUGCAAAUCACAAGAGAAGAGCCAUUUUACCUCCCUGCGCCAGGACUUGGAUAAGAAGUGCUUUCUCAGAAUCGAAGCUCAUUGCGCCAUUCACGUAUACCCACGGUCUUUUUCCACCUAGGAUGGCAGCAGCCAUAGUCCUUGUGCUUCCCCAUCACAUCACAACCCUUUGCUUUCAUUCCAUCUGCAGAUACACAGACGUGAUUGACAUUGUGCAGGCCCUCCAGACUCACCCAGACACUGACGUGAAGGCUGCUUUUGUCAUUGGAGCCAUCAGUACUUGCGUUGAGCCGCUGAGUUGCUACAUGGAACACAGGUACCCCUUUACAAGCCCCUGCAUGCAUGGCACAGACAUUUCUCCCCCGUGUACCUGCACGUUGUCAUGCCAGCUGCCUUAGAAGCCACAGAUUUCUGUAGCCAGGGAAGCCGCACCUUGCGAGCUUUCCUAGAUGAGAUCAGAAAGGUCGCAGCAUGUCUUAACCAGAGAAAUGUCUUGGCUUGAAAGUGUCUUCCCUGGGAAGUGAUCUUGCCUGAGCGCUGCGAUCAGUUGAGGUAGAUAACCUUAUGCUUGAGGAACCAGUGAUCUUCCUGAGGGUGUGGUAGCUUCAGGGGGCUUUGAAGACUAGCAGACGACAUCUGCCUGUAUCCCUAACGCUCUUAACGCUAAUGCAUUUGUAUUUUACAGGCUUCUUUUCCCCAAGUUCCUGGACCAGUGCUCACAAGGUAAAAUCUCUGUAUGCAAAAGUAAGAUGCACAUUUCCUUUCAGGAAUGAAGCCGUAAGCCUUUAAGGUGUCCUGUGGAGACUGCUGCCGUACGGGGUGGUGUUGGCCAGCCAUAUAUCUGGCUAGCGGACGUCGAGAAUUAGGAUGCAGCAGGAGACCAGGCACUGAAACUUAGUAGCAAAUGGCAACGUAGGGAGCCGCUCGCAGAAGUGUCUGGUAGCUCCAGAAAAGCUUUAAAAAGUGGGUCCUGAUGGACAAGAGGGUGGCAGCCUAGCAAGCAGACUCUGUUGACAAGCAAGCAGGAGAGCUGGAUUGCUGUGUGACAGCAGUUUCUUUUUUUAAAAAAAAUAAUAUUUAUUAAAAUUUCAAAGAGUACAAGAAUUACACAAAAACAAAAAGUAAAAAUACAAGAAAAUACAAAAUACAGAAAAAAGAAUUAAAAAAAACCCUUAAAAAGAAAAAGAAAAAGAAAAAUAGAUCCAUCUUUCCAUAACUUACAUUCAUAUCCUUGUUUCCCAUGAAAAAUAAAAAGGAACAUACAAAAUAAAAACAGUUAAAAACACAUUAAUUUUCCCUAGCAUAUCCUCCUUACACUUAUUUCCCCGGACCUCCUCGUACCUCCCUUUUUUGUAUUCCAGUUCAGUUUGUUAGUUCAGCAAAUCCUUACCAUUACGCUUUUACCCAUUUGUGAACCUUUUUUUCAUAUCUCUUAAAGCAUUACAGCUGGAAACCACUUAGUUUCUAUCCAGCAUCCUUCUAAGAUUCAUUAAUUUUACAAUAUUUCUGUAAAUAGUCUUUAAAUUUCUUUCAGUCCUCUUUCACCGACUCUUCUCCCUGGUCUCGGAUUUUGCCAGUCAUUUCUGCCAAUUCCAUGUAGUCAAUCAUGCUGUGUGACAGCAGUUUCAGGGAGGAGCAUUGAGCUGACCUUUAAAUACCCACAACAGAGUCUUGUCCUUUUACUGAACACCUUGGCUUUACCACCUUUAUGCUUUGGUCUCCCAAGAGCACACAGUGGCUGAUGAAGACAUUCCCUAAGACAGCUGACCCCUUUUGCUCUCUUUCCCCCCCAGGUUUGGUGAGCAACGUGGUCUUCACAAGCCAUACAGCCGAGCAGAGACACCCACUCCUUGUUCAGCUCCAGAACCUCAUCCGAGCCGCGAACCCCACCGUUUCGUUCAUCCUGGCAGAAAACGGGGUCGUGACCAGGUAAGCCUGAAUGUUUCCACCUGCCCUCUGCGGCACGUGGGCCUCUCAUCCCGGAAGAGGAGAGAAACGCCAGUCCUUUUUGGGUGCUUUGCACAGGAAUGAAGCAGAUGUGAGAACUCUCAGUUGCCGGGGCUGCCAUUUUGCAGCCGAGACGCCUCCGCUGCUGGCGGCAAGCUGGCAUUUUCCAUAUCCUCCUCCGCUGCUGCUCUCCAACCAGAUGUUCCCAGACUAUGACUCACUGAGAGUUUUAAAUCCUUGUUUACAUUACAUUAACAUGGCCGCAAGCUACACUCAAGCUCCCUUUCGGAGGGUUGUGGGAAAACGGGUUUGAAAUGCUUUGGAUCUUGAAGAAGAAAAUGGUUCUUAGGGGUUUGAAGACGAUUUUUUGUUGUCUCCAGGAUCAGGAAGACUAGAAGCCAAAAAGCACCUGCUGUUACAUUAAAAUGGCAAGGCAGGAAAGACCCCCCCAGGUUGAUCUGACUCACCUGGUGGGUAGGAUGCAGGUUUAAAUCCUGCCGGUUGCCUUUGCUUCUGGGCAAGUGCACUUUAAAGGUGAUUGUUUUUCUGUAAACAAAACCUCGCUCUUUCUCCUACUAGGAAUGAAGACAUCGAACUGAUCCUAUCCGAAAACAGUUUCUCGGCUCCACAGAUGCUGACGACUCGCUACUUAACAUACCCUGGCUGGCAAGUAUCUCCUUUUGGUAAAAACGUUUCAAGUGCAAUAUCCUUUAAUAAACAUGAGCAUUAUAAAGCACUACUAGAUUUAUUUCCCCCUCCGUUUAAUCUGCCCAGAUAAAUCAUUUCAGUAAUGAAAUGCUGCAAUUAGUUUCUUAGAGAAAUCCAUUCACUUGUCUUGUUGUUCUCCUUCUCCAUUUUCUGAUUAAAAGAUGGCUGUCCGAACUGGAGAGCACUGUAGAAAUUUCACCAGACAGGGACGGAAUCUCUGAAAGGUCUCCUAGUCCAUCUCUUUUCAGUGUUGCCCGUGUGGUUUUUGCUGUUUGGGCAACAAAAGGGAGUUGAACACUUGGAAACCAGUUUGCAAUUAGGAGGCAUUCAUGAGCUAAGAGGGAAAUAAGAGGGUUUUUUGUGGGGUGUUCCUUACAGAUGCAUUGCAAGAAGCCAAAUAUCUUGGACAUCAUAUCGCUUAUUUCCCCCUCUUGAUCUCCUGUUUGAAUGCAGCGCCUUGUGUUUAAAUACCUCUAACACUCAAAUUCACCUAGAAUCAGAGUCAGAAGGGACCCUGAGGGUUAUCAAGUCCUUUGCAGGAAUCUCAGCUCAAGCGUCCAUGGCACAUGGCCAUCCAACCUCUGCCUAGAAUCCUCCAAUGAGUCCACAACCUCCCGAGGGAGUCCACAUACAGGCAUCACUUGUAUGUUGCAAGGAGAGGAAUGAUGCACCUAUUUAUGCUCUUCACAUUGGAACCCUUUGACAUUCCAGUUUUAGGUUUUUAACCUCACUUCAUGAACAUACAUGAACAUUAGGGCUGGUGGUUCCCCACCCUUGCUUUAACUGAAAAUGCCAAAGAUCUAAUCCAGGACUUUCCAUGCGCAGGUCAUGAAACUUUGACCCUCCCUCCAGCACAUACAGUGGAACCUCUACUUACGGAGAUAAUCCGUUCCGGAGGUCCGUCAGCUGGUCGAAACGAGAUGCUAGAAGAGGCAUCUUGUGCACGUGCGCAUUUGGUGGUAGCUCGCUUCUGCAUGUGCGCAGACGGUGGCAGCCUCUUCUGCACAUGCGCAGAUGGCAGAAGCUACUUCUGCGCAUGCACAGACUGCAGAAGCCACUUCUGCACAUGUAUGAAUCGCGGCAAAUCCAGUGUUUACUUCUGGGUUUGUCACGGACGCAACUUGGACCAUCCGUGAGACGAGGCGUAUGUAAAUCUGUACUUACUUUUCAUGCUUUUGCUGGAGAAAGCAAGCAAUCUAAGAAGCAUGCAUUUCUGUGUCAUCCCGGACUAGUUGUGGCGCUUUGAAUCAUAGAUUCGUAGCGUUGGAAGGGAUCACGAGGUUCUCCAACCCCCUGCAAUACAGGGAUAUUUUGCCCAACAUGGGGCUCGAACCCACGACCCUGAGAUCCAGAGUCUCAUGCUCUGCUGACUUAGCCACCUCAGGACUGAGCCCUAACCACAGUCCUGUUGGCCACCUUCUUUUGUCUUGAACACAAUAUUUUUUUCAGUGCCACUAAAAAUGUUUGUGACUCUCAAACUUCAAGGAAGCCAAAAUCCUGAAUGAUUUUACUAUUUUGAAUCCUGCUCCUCAUCUAAGUUCUGGAGAGGGAUGUGUGUGUGUGUUUUCCCUUCCCUAUAAUCCUUCCUGCAACACCCCAGGCUCCUCCCUCCCCUUUACCUGCUCUCUUGCUGUGUUCUGUCUUUGCAACCUUUGCCAUCGCUACUGCUGCAUAGUGAAGGGAGUCUGUGGGUGCCUGUUAAGAACCAGCAAAAGAGGUCUGCUUCAUGACCUGAACCUCAUCCAACAGCGGGUUGCAAGAGCUUUGGGACCGGACGAAAUUUGGAAAAUUGACGCACUGACAUGAUUCAUUUCUUCUCUUCCUCUCUUCCUCCUCUUCAGGUACGAGGGCAAAUUCUGUGCAGGUUCCACCUUUCCCCCGAUGGUUCAGAUCUGUGUGUGGUUUAACCGUCCUUUGGAGAAAACACGAUUUGUGGCCAAGUGUAAAGGUAAGAAGCAAUUGUAUGCAGAGAUUAAUUUUAGUACGGCGUUUUCUCCCUGAAAUUGCUAGCAAAUAACAUUUGUGGCCAGAAUCUCUCCCCCCCAAUUUUACAGUUGAUUUUAGGUGUCAUGAAAUUUAAUGGCUAUUUUUUAUUUGCCUUAUUUUUAAUGACCUGGGUAUUGUCUUGAGUGCAAAAAUAUAUUGACCCAGCUGAGGGUCUUGUGUACCUUGAUUUGGGGAAAGGGUCCUCUUUGCUUCUUCACCACCUGCUGCCAAGUGUCCUGGGCUGUCCUUGCCCUAUGUCACCCCACCUAUGCCCAGCAUAGCCAGAAAAAACUUCACAUCCUUGCACCUGUUCAUCGUUUCCACAAGCAGAAGCCUGAAAAUCUGCAACCGCAAACCUUCCUACUGCGUCGUGUGCUCAAUUAUGUAUGUCAAAGGAAAGGGAUGCCUUGGUGUUUGGUUUUUCUUUUGCCCAAAUUCAGUUUAGCACGCACAUUUCUGCGAUUAGGUACAAACAUUUCCUGAGCAUUUGAAAAAAUUGCUCCCUUAACCAUGAGGGCUAGAAACCCUUUUAAGCCAAAAAUGAGAUUUGAGGGAGCUUCGGUUUCCACACCACCAGGUCCCAGAUUUUGGCAUGAAAUCUCAAGCCCAGUAGUUUGUAUGUAUUGCAACACACAUCCUUGUAUCAUUUUAUAUACCAGAAUCUCUGCCUAGCAAUAACAUGUAUUAAAUCUCCGCUUUGCUCGUGUUAUGUUGCUCAUGUAUCUGAUCCUAGAAGACGCUUGUUUUAAAAGGGGAUUGUUUUAAAAAAGCAAAACCUUCUUGUUUCCUGUAUGUUUAAUGCAGGCUUUGCCAGUGUUGCCCCUGGCCUGAUAGUAAUUGCACCCCAAAACGUCUAGAGAGCAGUAUAUGGUCAAGGACUGCCUUAAUGUUUGCGGCCUGCUGGGUGCUCAAUAAAGGGUUACGCUAAAGCUAUGCAGGUGUCUUAUUUCUCCCAUACAUAUUUUCUAGCCUCCAUGGAAUUAAUUCUAGGGUGAAAUAGGCCCAAAAAAGCAAAUGCUUUUCAUUUCCCAUUGCACCCCCUCUUUAGUCAAGAAAGAUUAAGUAACUUGGCAGCAUUUUCUCUGUGCCUUUCUGUUUUCAAACAGCCCUGAAGUCCUCCAAAAAGUCAAGUCCUUUCUCCGGAAACGUGUACCACAUUUUGGGGAAAGUUAAGUUUUCAGGUAACAGGCGAGUGAUCGGUUGCCAUUUAUCUCCUUAGGGAAUGCUAUGGGUGGGAUCCUUUGCUGCCAACCUCCCCCCAAGCUCCGCUCAUGGAUGCUCCUGCUGCAGGAUGGGUGGGGUGGGGGGCUGAGGGGGUUUCUGCCAAUUCCCUUUUCCUCCUGCAGCCUCUUAUGCCUCCCCCUCGCCCAAAGAAACAGGCUCCAAAGUGGGAUGCUUCCAAACAGCAGAGGACGUGAUGAUGGGAACUGCAAGGGGGAGCCGGUGAAGGUCACCCCCCCUCCAGUUUCCGUAUCACUGGGAGCCUCCCUUGGAUUGGGAUCCUUUCCUUUUACAGGAGGAGUCCUUUCAUUCGCGUCCAAGCUUUUAUAUCGGCUUUUACAGCAUUGUUUUGAAGUUCCUUUGACUGAAACUCCCCUGGAAGGUGGGGGAGAUCUGUCUUCCUCUCUGUCUCUCUCUCUCUUUACUUAUUUAUUUUAUUGUGCCAUGGAAGAAGUUUGUUUCAUUAGAGUGUUGACAGAAUUAAUACCCUGCCCCCCAUUUUUGCUUUUUUUUCUUAGAAAAAGUAGCGUUUUGCAUUUUGUGUAAAGUAUGAAGUCAUAUUGGGACUGUUGCUCGGUCCCGGCUCCUGCCAACCUAGCAGUUUGAAGCACAUCAAAGAGCAAGUAGAUAAAUAGGUACCACUCUGGUGGGAAGGUAAAAUGGCGUUUCCGUGAGCUACUCUGGUUCGCCAGAAGUGGCUUAGUCAUGCUGGCCACAUGACCCGGAAGCUGUACACCGGCUCCCUCGGCCAGUAAAGCGAGAUGAGCGCCGCAACCCCAGAGUCGGUCACGACUGGACCUAACGGUCAGGGGUCCCUUUACCUUUCCCUUUUAUGAAGUCAUAUUACUAGGUUUGCCCGCUAGCAUUAGGAAACAUUUAUAUAUAUAAAUAUUAAAGUGAGGCAGGGAGUUCAGCAAAUCGAAAUUGUGCCGGCUGAGACGUGGAACUCGCAAGGGAACAAUUCGCCCACCAUUCCUCUCUAAAUGAAACUGGGCUGCUUAAGGAAUAACACCCCCUCCUGCUCUUCUGCGUCAGAUUCAGAUCGGACAAUCGAGGUCUGCCACAACACCUCGUCCAACUCCUUAAGCCUGGUGCCUGUUCAGGAGGGGCCAACCCCUUUCCCUCCUCCUGAUUCAAGAAACGAUAGCCGAGACCACAGCGGGCCUCAGGAGUACUUCCUGGUCUUCGUCGGCUGCUCCCUCAAAGAGGACGACAUCAAGGACUGGCUGAGGCAAACUGCAAAGCAGGUGGGUGACCGUCUCCUUUUGGGAGAAAAUUCCCUUUUGGGAGUCCAGCAACAGAGGCUCACAUCUAAUUCCCAAUUAGUCAGACUUCAUUAAUGCAUUACCAAACAAGGAGUCUCUGAGGGCAUUUCCACCAGCACACAGCCUUUAUACCAGCUUUUCUCAAACUUGGGUCCCCAGGUGCGGCUGGACUACAUCUCCCAUCAUCCCUAGCUAGUAAGACCAGUGGUCAGGGAUGAUCACCUGGCCCUGCACAUGAAGAGGCAUGUGUGAAGCAUGGCCUGCUCCCUGGGACACCUGGGCAGGAUGUGGUAGGGAUGAAGUAGACAGGACAAUGGGGCAGGGAUGCAAAGAGACUCUGAACUCUAUGAAGGGAUGGAAUAUUUUCUUACUGGACAAAGAAAUUAACAACUACAGUGGUACCUCUGGUUACAUAUGCUUCAGGUUACAGACUCCACUAACCCAGAAAUAGUACCUCGGGUUAAGAACUUUGCUUCAGGAUAAGAACAGAAAUUGUGCUUUGGCGGCACGGCAGCAGCAGGAGGCCCUAUUAGCUAAAGUGGUGCUUCAGGUUAAGAAGAGUUUCAGGUUAAGUACGGACUUCCAGAACGAAUUAAGUACUUAACCCGAGGUACCACUGUAUAUGACAUUUAGAAGACAUCUGAAGGCAGCCCUGUUUUGGGAAGUUUUUAAUGACUUUUUUUAAAUAUACAGUGGUAUAUUAAACUGCUUUUCUUUGCAUUUGAACUUAAUACAGUGCAUGCAUUGAAUCAGAAACACUUCUCUGUUAUCAUUAUUUAUUACAUCUAUAUACCACCUUUAUUUCCCGAGGAUCUCAAGGUGGUGUACAUGGUUCUCCUCCUCCUCCCCACUUCAUCCUCUCAACAACCCUGUGAGGGAGGUUAGGCUAAGAGAUGGUGACUGGGAUUUGAACCCUGCUCUCCCAGGUCGUAGUCCAGCACUCUGGUCUAACCAUUACGCCACACUGUCUCAUAGAUGUUCAUGUUAGAUUUCCAGCCUUGGAGCAUUGAAAUACCGGAAGAAUUAUUUGUGUAGCACCGUCUGAUUGCCGGGUUCUGGUGACCAUAGAUUCCUCUCCAAUUCCGCUUGCCGUUGAGGAGUGGGUGGGAUCAAAGCGCAAGGGCUUCAAAGCACAAUGCCUUCCUCCUGUUUUGUGGAUUAGUUCCACAGUUGGGUUUGUUCCCCCUUCCCCCCACCCUUAAACACACACACACAAGUUAUGUAUCUACCCAAUUUGCAUAUAAAAGAUAAAACAUCCUUAGAAGCUUGACAUUUAAAAAAUUCAUAAACAGCAUUUGUAACAAGAUCACAAUCCAGCAGCUGUGAUUCAGAUAGUUAAUGUUUGUCAGUGCCACAUAUCGCAUGGAAAUAAAUAUCUGCAACCUUAAUCAAGUUAAAAGCGAGAUUUCUCUGCCCUCGAUGCAUGUCAGGUCUUUAUUUUUUUAAAAUAAAAUCUUUUGAGAGUUUGCUGCAUUAGGGCACACUAUGUACAGUACAGUGGUACCUCGGGUUACAUAUGCUUCAGGUUACAGACUCCACUAACCCAGAAAUAGUACCUCGGGUUAAGAACUUUGCUUCAGGAUGAGAACAGAAAUCGUGCUCUGGCGGCACGGUGGCAGCAGGAAGCCCCAUUAGCUAAAGUGAUGCUUCAGGUUAAGAACAAACCUCCAGAACAAAUUAAGUACUUAACCCAAGGUACCACUGUAAUUUUUUAAAUAAUAAUAAAAAUAAAAUUUUAUAUAUCCCGCUCUCGCCAGCCAAAGCCAGGCUCAGAGCGGCUAACAACAGUAAAAUGAUAAAACAUUCUAAAAUCAUUUCAUUAUUAAAUUAAUUCAAAUCAGAUUAAUGGCAACCAUUGGGCUAGAGUUCUGUGAGGAUUGCCAAAGGAGGGAGUCAGGCUGUGCCCUGGCCAAAGGCCUGGUGGCACAGCUCUGCCUUGCAGGCCCUGCGGAAAGAUGUCAAGUCCCGCAGGGCCCUAGUCUCUUGUGACAGAGCGUUCCACCGGAUCGGGGCCACAGCCGAAAAAGCCCUGGCUCUGGUUGAGGCCAGCCUAACCUCCCUGUGGCCCGAGAUCUCCAAGAUGUUUUUGUUUGAAGACCAUAAGUUCCUCUGUGGGACAUACCAGGAGAGGCGGUCCCGUAGGUACGAGGGUCCUAGGCCGUAUAGCUUGUUCAUAGAUUGCAUUUGAGCUAUUCUAAGGGAUUCUGGUCACAUCUGCAGCAUACAUUUAAAGCACUCUUAUAGCACUUCGACAAUUGUGUCUCUCUGCCCCCAAAAGAAUCCUGGGAGCCGUAGUUCUUUAAGGAUUCCGACUUCCCAGCACCUCUCGCGAAGCGCAGCUCCCAGGAUUUUGCACGGCUGCCCAAGAGUGCUUUAUAUAAGUGUUGUGUCCGUGACCUCGGUUCAGUUGGCCCAAAUGGUUUACGGUUCUAGGGUGGCCUUGGGUUUCUAUAACUGCUCAGUCCUGAAGCGCUGGGUGCUGCACCCGGCCUUGUUUUCUCCAUUUGCAAAACGUGAACGAGGACACUGGGAUGGCGGCUAUUUGUAUGUAAAGGCUUCAAACCUACACAGAAGAGCCUUUGGGCUGAGCAGGGCUCCAGGGCCCAGCAUCGCAGUGUCGGAGAGCUAUAUAAAUAUUCAGAGUGAUGGGGAACUGUGUGGCUUCUUUGAAAUGAUGGUCUUGUGAGAAGCAGCCUCUUUCAGUCAAAAGAGUAGGCUCUCCAGGCAACAUGUGAAGGGGGUGCCCCCGAUAAUCCUGUUGCUAACAAGCACACCUGACCGGAAAGCCGCCUCAGGUAUCCCAGGGAGCCUGCUCUGGUUUCCCUGAUCUCUCCCAGUUGUCAUUCCAAGUCUUCUCCUGACAGCUCUUUGGUCCAGAGAAGCUUUUGCCUUGUGUGUUUGCAGCCUUAGCAGUUUCCCUUUGGCCGUGUUCAAAUCGCACUUCCCUUGUCUUCCUCUAAAGCAGGGUUCCCCGAACUUGGGUCUCCAGCUUGUUUUUGUUGGACCACAACUCCAUCAUCCUUAGCUAGCAGGACCCCAGUGGUCAGGGAUAAUGGGAACUGUCGUCCAACAAACAUCUGGGAAACCCUGCUCAAAUAAAUGACACACUGUCACGUUCAGAAGCAGUGAACUGGGCUUUUCUGGUGUCUUUAUCCAAACACAGAAACCGCAGAGGAAGGCUCUGAAAACCCGGGGCAUGCUGACCUCGCAGGAGAUCAAGAACAUCCAUGUAAGUCAAAGCCAAAUACGCCUUUCCUAUUCGUUUUUUUUUUUUUAAAUUAUUAGUUUUUUAACAUAUCAUUUUCAAAUAAUUAAACACACUUUUACAUCUUAUACAAUUUUUUUGGACUUCUGUCAAUCACAUCUGAAAAUUUUCCAAUCUAAUCACUUAAUAUACAUUUCUGACUUUCACUGUUACCUUUAAAUCUUAUAACUAACCUCUCUUCUUUCUCUAUUUUGCAAUAUUUCAUAUAUUUUUCCUUACAAAACUUCUUGUAGUCCUACUAGCAUAAUUUGUUGAUUACAAUUGUUCUUCAAAUAGUUCGUAUAUUUUUUUCCCAAUCUUCUGCAAAUCACUGGUCCCACAGGUUUCGAAUCCCUCCUGUCAUUUUAUCUAAUUCUGUGUAGUCCAUUAAUUUUGUCUGCCAUUCUUCUUUCGUCAGAAUUUCUUCUUGCUUCCAUUCCUGGGCUAUCAAUACUCUUGCCACUGUUGUUGCAUAUAAGAACAAUUUAACAUCUUGUUAAUAUCCUCGCCUAUAAUACCAAGUAAAAAUGCUUCUGUUUUUUUUUUUAAGAAUGUAUAUUUCAACAUCUUUUUCAUCUCAUUAUAUAUCAUUUCCCAGAAUUUUUUUACUACGCCUUUCCUAUUCAAGGGCAGGGGGCAACCUUAGCUCAGUGGGCAGGACUUUAGCUGAAACUCCUGCAUUGCAGCGGGUUGGACUAGAUGGCCUUUGGGUUCCCUUCCAACUCCACAAUUCUAUGAUUCUAUGACUACUGAGGGGAUGAGAGAAGGCAGCCUUUUACCACCAGUCGACACAAGGCAGCCUUAAAGUCCCUCCCACUGAAGCAGCGAUUCCUGUAACCUUUUGUUGUUGCUGUUGUUGUUGUUGUUACAUUGAUAUCCCAACCUUCCUCCAAGGAGCUCACGGUGGCCUGCACAGAUCUUUCCCCUCCCCAACUUCAUCCUCAACAGCCCUGUGUUGUAGGCUAGGCUGAGAAGCAGCAACUGGCCCGAGAACACCUAGUGAGCCUCCUGGCCAAGCGGAGAUUCAAACCCUGGUCUCCCAAGCCCGAAGCCAAUGCUCUAACCACUAUGCCACAUUGCCUGCUCUUUAAACACAGAGGGUGAUGUUCAGAUUUAUGCUGAAAUUAAUGGACCUCCUUUAGUCAUGUUCCUUAAUUUCAGCAGGCCUACUCAGGGCAGGAUACCACUCGGAAGAAACAGAGAGCCCCGCAUAUAGAAAGCGAAGCUAUUUUUAGCCUCUGCAAAAGAUUUCCUUCCUUGAGCAUAGCUGCUUAGCUGUGCACAUUUUCUCUCUCGCCGGAGACUCGCCCUGUCAGCAGUUCUGACAAAAGACUCCUGAAAUAUGACUGUGCGUUCUUGCGAGCUUGCGAGUGAUAGCUUUGCCUUCCAACGCAGGUGAAACGCCACUUGGAUCCUCUUCCAGCUGGCUACUUCUACAACGGGACGCAGUUUGUGAAUUUCUUUGGCGACAAGUUGGAUUACCAUCCACGUAUCCUUUUAAAAAAAGAAAAGAAAAGCAUGCAUCUGUGCACUCUGCAAUCUGCUCAGCUCUUCAGACCCUUUGGAGCCAUAUUGUACCAGUAAAGCUUUGGACUGUCUCUAAAAGCAACUGGGUAACAGCAGGCAGCUUCCUAGGUAAAGGGACCCCUGACCGUUAGGUCCAGUCGUGGCCGACUCUGGGGUUGCGGCGCUCAUCUCGCUUUAUUGGCCGAGGGAGCCAGCGUACAGCUUCCGGGUCAUCUGGCGAACCAGAGCAGCUCACGGAAACGCCGUUUACCUUCCCGCCAGAGCUUUACCUAUUUAUCUACUUGCGCUUUGACGUGCUUUCGAACUGCUAGGUUGGCAGGAGCAGGGACCGAGCAACGGGAGCUGACCCCGUCGCGGGGAUUCGAACCGCCGACCUUCUGAUCGGCAAGCCCUAGGCUCUGUGGUUUAACCCACAGCGCCACCCGCGUCCCAGGCAGCUUCCUAGGGUGGCACAAAGUGGAGGCAGGUGUGCAGAAGACCCCGAAUAGUCGCAUUCAAUCUCCUCUGGGGUGCUGAGCUCUGGGUCCUUGUUUCUGGCAGGCUGUUUCAUUACAGAAAAGAAAGCCUAGUUUGCUUGUGACAAACUCAAACGUGGGCUGUAAACUGAGGUGAGGGAUUUGUCUCCAGGCUGAGGGCCGCUUUGCCUUGUGUGCAAUCUUCUGAGGGCCACGUGCCGGUGGGAGGGAGGGCUAGAAGCAAAAUUAGGCAGGGCAAUAACGAACGCACAGUUUUGCUUUCUACGUUAACUUGCGCACGCGAAACACGCCCCUCUCCAUCCCCCACCCAGGCCAAGCACGAGGCAUUAUCAGAGUCCAAGAACACCUUCCAGCCUGGCAGAAACAGUUUAAGGAGUGAAGCAAGGCUUCUGGGGGGGUGGGGAAGAGUUCUGCGAGCCGGGCGGAUAGGCCUGGAGAGCCACAUUCUGCCAGGCCAGAGUCCCGCUGUGGACCUUUCAGCAAGCAAGACUUGACAACUUCUGACUUGAUAGCUCGGUUGGUUAGAGCGCUGUGCUGAUAACACCAAGGUUGCAGGUUUGAUCCAGAUUCCUAUUCCAGAAUUGCAGGGGGUUGGGACCAGAUGAUCUGCAGGGUCCCUUCCAACUCUGCAAUUCUGUGAUUCAGUGAUUUCAGAUCAGAUUUUAGCCAGGUCAGCAAAUUGCAGGCCUUUUCGAUCAGAUAGAGCAUGGUUUCCCAAACUUGGGUCUCCAGCUGUUGUUGGACUACAGUUCCCAUCAUCCCUGGCCUGCUUGCCUGGGAUGAUGGGAGUUGUAGUCCAACAACAGCUGGAGACCCAAGUUUGGGAAACCCUGAGAUAGAGUAUCAGUAUAUGGGAAGCUGCCUUAUACAAGGUUACACUAUUUGCUCCUCCUGCCUGGGAUUGCCUCCUCCUGAGAAAGCCUCUGCAGUGCCAUCCAUAUGCUCUUGAACUGCCUGCAUGGACAAUAAUAAUAAUGGAUGCUGGGAAGUUUCAGUUGGACAGCCAACAUGUUGGUUUUCCCCCGGUCUACUCUUAUCUGGCAGCUUAUUUCCUCCAGGGUCUCAGGCAGAGAGAAAAGAGAGAGAGUGUGUCCUUUUCCCUUCCUUCUGCAAACUGGUGUUUUUAACUGGAUACAAACCAGCAACCUUCCACAGUGGAUCCAGCAAACGAGCCCCCCCACUGAGCAGAAGGUGGUGAAAGCAGAUCCAUGUGCCCUCCAGCGCUUGUGGGCCUCUGUGCAACUCUUGAUCUCUUUAGCAAGGACUGUAGGAAAAAUUCCCAAUGGAUUGGGUCCCGUGCUAAAACAGGGGGUGGGUGGGCAGGCGGUGUCACACUUCUGACCAUCUUUCAGGAGCUGCUGUGUAUUUUUAAAGCCCCCCACCUUAAAUGGCUCCUGGCAGGAUUUCUUCUCCUUAACAGCCGAUUCACCCCAGUGAUGGAUCAGUUCAUGAACGACUACCUGGAGGAGGCAAACCGUGAGAUUGAAGAGUACAACCGAGAGCUGGAGGAACUGGAGUACCACGACCUCUUUGAGCAGAAGACCUAAGCGAGACCCGCCUGUGCCAAGGCACACAACCCUUGAUGAGAUUGGGGCAAAACGUCAGUGACCAAGAAACGCUUUUUGUCCUUGCUGGCUAACAGGAAAAUGAAAUCAUCCGUUUUUCAACUAUUCUUCUAAUAUUUAGUUUCCAUUCAUGUAAAGUUGGCCUUUUUUCUUUUCUUUUUUAAGAAAUGCUGAUGCACUUCCACGUUAAUGUUGAGCUCUCGGUCCUUGAAUUCUCUUUGGCUUACAGUGGAAAGGAGAUGUGUGGCUUGCUUCUUGUUUUAAAUUACAAAGCUGCAUUUCCUAGUUUAUGAAGCUGGUCCUGACCGUAGUUUUCUGACGUCCCACAAUUGCCCCUGUCCAAAUUGCCCCUGGGGUGUUCCUAAAGCGAGAAAUGGGGGAACACGUAAGUUCUUGAGAGCUUCUCUUAACCAGCAUGGUGGUUUUUGGGGUGUUCCUAAAGCGAGAAAUGGGGGAACACGUAAGCUCUUGAGAGCUUCUCUUAACCAGCAUGGUGGUUUUUGGGGUGUUCCUAACGCGAGAAAUGGGGGAACACGUAAGUUCUUGAGAGCUUCUCUUAACCAACAUGGUGGUUUUUGGGGUGUUCCUAACGCGAGAAAUGGGGGAACACGUAAGUUCUUGAAGACUUCUCUUAACCAACAUGGUGGUUUUUGGGGUGUUCCUAACGCGAGAAAUGGGGGAACAUGUAAGUUCUUGAGAGCUUCUCUUAACCAACAUGGUGGUUUUUGGGGUGUUCCUAAAGCGAGAAAUGGGGGAACACGUAAGUUCUUGAGAGCUUCUCUUAACCAACAUGGUGGUUUUUGGGGUGUUCCUAACGCGAGAAAUGGGGGAACACGUGAGCUCUUGAAGACUUCUCUUAACCAGCAUGGUGGUUUUUGGGGUGUUCCUAACGCGAGAAAUGGGGGAACACGUAAGCUCUUGAAGACUUCUCUUAACCAACAUGGUGGUUUUUGGGGUGUUCCUAAAGCGAGAAAUGGGGGAACACGUAAGCUCUUGAGAGCUUCUCUUAAUCAGCAUGGUGGUUUUUGGGGUGUUCCUAUCGCGAGAAAUGGGGGAAUACGUAAGUUCUUGAGAGCUUCUCUUAUCCAGCAUGGUAGUUUUUGGGGUGUUCCUAAAGUGAGAAAUGGGGGAACACGUGAGCUCUUGAAGACUUCUCUUAACCAACAUGGUGGUUUUUGGGGUGUUCCUAAAGUGAGAAAUGGUGGAACAUUUAAUUUCUUGAGAGCUUCUCUUAACCAACAUGGUGGUUUUUGGGGUGUUCCUAAAGCGAGAAAUGGGGGAACACGUAAGCUCUUGAGAGCUUCUCUUAACCAGCAUGGUGGUUUUUGGGGUGUUCCUAAAGCGAGAAAUGGGGGAACACGUAAGCUCUUGAGAGCUUCUCUUAACCAGCAUGGUGGUUUUUGGGGUGUUCCUAUAGCGAGAAAUGGGGGAACACGUAAGCUCUUGAGAGCUUCUCUUAACCAACAUGGUGGUUUUGGGCGAGAAAUAGGGGAACACAAAUGCUAAAGUGAAAGUUGGUGUCACACUUGCAGUUUCUGUGACUGUACCCUUGCUGUAAAACAGAACAUCUGUGCUUCCGUUUGGUACAUUAACAGCAACGUGUCAGUUUGUUCCAGGCUGAACUAAGAGCCGCAGUCACUUCUUGAGUGUUAAGAGUUCUACUUGAGUAUUAAGAGUACGCCUUUAAGAGCGUUUCCAGUAAGUGCCCAAAGAUGCACAUCUUUGCAGUGUUGGGAAAGUUGCAACGCAUUCAGGGCCAGCUUGGAUAAAUUGCUUACCGCUUUUGGGCAGGAUGGGACCGUUUCCCGUUAGAUUCAUUGGCUGUUGUGUUGGCACGGUUUCUGUGUGUGCGCUGGAGUCAGACCCCAUGUCUUGAGUCUUCUGUGGGCUCAUUCCUGCGUGGUUCUGGCCUGUGCAAAUGACUCCUGUGUAGACCCAGCGCAUGCACAAAAGACAGGCCUGGAGGUGCGAACCCCGCAAUCUGGCCGCCCAGUGACGGUUUGCAUGUGUGUCCGCUGUGGAGUCCAAACCACAUGAAAGCAGUUGCUUUGUGUUUUUUGUGGCUGCCGUGGCCUCUUGAGAACUGAAGGCUGAAGGGCAGGACGCAAUAUGUGCAUCUUGGUAGCUGGAGCGAUUCAAAGACCCGCCUCCUGAGAGGCGCUUCUAAAACUCAAGUAGAAAAGCAAGCGUGUCAAAUCAACCUGCUUUAUCCAUCGGAAAUAACAGAAAUACGGCUGGACUCCAAAAGCUGAACCGGCCUGCGGCUUCCUAUAAAAACUUGAUGCAAAAUUCUUAAUCUCCAGUAAAUGAUAAAGAGAGGGAGCCUCAUUGGGUAGCGUACUCUGUAUCCCCAGUUGAGCAUCUUUCACUCCUGGUGGAUUCAUCCUUAGAAAAAGAGCCCCAGCUUAGCAUUCUAGGUGACGCAGCUUAGAUUUUGAAUGUUUGCAUAUGUUUUCAUUAUGCCUGUUGAAGUUUUUCCCCCCCUCCCUAGCCUAAAUUACUGUUGCACUCCAUGGGCCCUUGAACAGGCAUGAAGCGGUUUCCGUAAAACUGAAGGCCGUCUUUUUUUCCUUGUUGACUAAAUAUUAUUUUAAGCUUUCUGUGGGGUCGUAAAUGCCCGUACUACAGGUAACAGGGCAUCCUCCUAAGGAUUGUGGAUUUAUCUAUGCAUGACCGUUACCUUAGUUAACUCUCGGAAUAAUAUACUGAUAGUGCCUGGUAGUAUAAAUGGUAGCUAGCAAAUUAAUUUUGGAGGGGCAAUUGGUGCGUUUGAGCUAACAUGUGAAAAGGUAAGGUGUUCACUUCAGGUGGCUCCCACAGCGAGCAGGGGGAAACUCACGCCUGACCUUACUCCAUACGCUUUGAAACAGAAACCGAUUUCUGAAUCAUCCCUCCAGAAAAAAAGAGAGCAAUACUGAGAAGCAACUUCUCAGGAGCUACUGCACAGGUUGGCAUAGGUGUAUUGAGUGACUGUGGACCUGUGUUAUCCUGUUGCUCAGAUUAAGAGCGUGGUGCGUAGCCCCUUCCUGGGGGGCUACACAAUCUCUCCUGUCUUCCUCCCCCUUUGGAGCUGGCCUCUUCCAUGGAAGCCAGCGAGAAGCCGUCGUGGGCCAGGAGGGCUCCGAGUUUGUGGGUCUGUGCCCAGUCUAUGGCAGAGUCCAGGUCCUGAAUAUGGUCCUGCCAAGAGCCAAGAUUUAUUAGCAAAGAGAGGUUCCGGCAAAAGGAGGCCAAGUAUGGGUUGCCGGAGGUGGCACACAAUUUGCCCCUCUUGCGGCUGUUUGGCAAAUUUAAAGUCUUUCUCUGGUGAUAAGAGUUCAGGCAGCAAAGCCUGGCUUUCCGAGGAGAGGACUGAAUUCUGCUGUUGCCUUUGGCUUGCUUCUCUGCACUUAAACUCUAGAUUUCUAACAUGUGCUCAUUCGUGUAUCGGGCCCAAACUGUUGCCAAGUGUGGCAAAUAUUUAAAAGCAUGCCAAAGGCAAAGCACCUUCAGAUCAGCCACAGCUCGAUCACAUAAGCCAAUCAAGAAUUGGGAUGUCUGGAGUUUUCUGGAGGGAUAAAAGGCCAUGAUCCACUGGAAACCCUCUUGCAAGGCUCCAAAUUGAUGCCAGUGAGGGUUCCUGGUGGAUUGCGCCAAAGCCGAUGGGUGGAGAGGGUGUUAAGCAGCUCCCCCCCCCCCAAUCAACAUAGUUUAGCACAAACCCCAAUUGCUCCUCUCUAGCUUAGAUUGUCUAAUGAUCUGCAAAAGCCAUAUAUAGAGAUAACCGCGUUUGCUACGCAGCUUCUCGGAAGAUGAGGCAAACACAACUUGGAUGCGUUGCCUCACCUUCGUGGAUUAUGAUCGUAGGUUUUUAAGUGCAAUUGUUAUUAAAAUAGGUGAAGAGAUUGUAGCUUACUUAGCUCUGCUGAACUCUGAAAUUUACAAAACAGAAGCCUGGGCAGAUCCCAAAGAGCAGAUCCUCCGGCGGCUGGUUCUAACCAUUGCCUUUUUCAGCCAUGAGAACUGCUUUUGCAAGAGACUCACCCAGCUGCCCCAAGAAUUUCCUUCAGGGCAAUCCCAUGCCUCGCAGCUGUAGACUUGGCAACAGCAUUUUAUGGGACAGUGUGGCAAGCAGCAUCUGGCACACACAACUUCCUCUGUGCCACCGCGUGCCAUCCAGACCUUUUGGCUGGGGCUGGCGGAAGUUGGGAUCCCACAGCACGCAGAGGCCUCAAACCAGGAAGAGCUGCUGGAGAUCUUGCUCCUUGGCUGCCUCUAGCGGUGUGCAGAAAUUAGGCUGAGCCUCUGCAUUCGAACAGCAUCCUGGUUUGGCGAUAUCCGCCGUGUUGAAUGAUUUCUGUAGCGGCCACAGAAGAUGUGCUGGCCUUAAAUGGGCAUAUCCCUUUUGGGCAGGCAUCAAUGAGGCACCAGGAACGCUCUUGAGAGCAAUCCUCACUUUAAGGUCAGGCACCUCAUUUCAGUGCAGUUCAGUCCCUCUGCGCAGGCAGGGAGGCUGCCUCAGCCGGUGAGGAGGACCGCAGGGCGGACUGUGAGGAGGAGGAGGCUGCUGGGUUUGUUUUGCCCCUCCGUUUUUCCCCCGGGGGCACCAAAUGGGCUGUUUGGGGCUUUGGCACAGGGCCAUGCCCUAGGCUCCAUCCCAUGACUUGCCAACGGCUGUUGGGCAAGCUUCCGAAGGGGCCUUUUCUGCAGUUGGACCCCUAAGCUGUGGGGACCAAGCAGGAAUGGGCAGGGUGUGUGUGUCUAGAAUCUCCCACCCAUCCCAGUGGGACUGCACAGACAAGUCAGAGUUUUAGCAGAACAGAGGCAUGGUAGAGAGAGACAUAUAUAUAUCUCUAUAUGUAUACGCUGUACUGCAUGCUAAGUAAGAACAAUACCCCUGUAAUAACUACAAAGGCCUUUCACCAUUCUGGUACUGCAAUGACUUCUAUUUUGGUAUUGACGAAAUUUUCUCGAUUACCUCAAUUUCCUUAAUGUUCGACUGUGAUUUUUUUUUUUUAAAAAAAGAAAUUAAAAGGGGAUGGGGAGUGUUGGGGAGGGGGAUAAAAUAGCCAAAAUAUCGAAACUGUGACAAUGGGAUUCUGUUCAAGACAUAUCAGUGCCUUGCUUUACGGCACCGCUGCCGACGCGGCACAAAUUUUUCAAGCGGGCGGGCGCCGUUGGUUCCUGCUGCUCGCUCCCUCUUUUGAAGGGAAGAAGAAAAAACCAUUUUGGUGAAAGGACUCUCCACCUAGCGGAGAAUAUUUAGCACACAUGGUUAAGUUGUUCGGGUUUGUUGUGUCUUCUUUUUUUAAAAAGAAAACUCUUUGAGGACUGAAAACGAAUGAAAUACUUGAUUCUGCCGGCAUUUUUAAGGCAAUUCUAUUUAGGGAAUUGCUUCAAUGACCCGGCAACAUUUUUAUAAAGGGGUGGGUUGGGGAGCUAACUUGUUUGUUUGUUUUUUUACAAGGGGGGGGCGCGGGACUUGCAUCGCCGAAUAAAAUAAUCUAGUUUUGAAAUGUUUCAAGCUACUGUAAAACGCAGAGCACCGUUCUAGUUGCAACUAUUCAAAGUGCCAUUAACACUGUUCUUGCACUGCGGCCGUUUGCGGUGAAAAAAAGAAAAGGAAAAAAAACGGCGGCAGUGCCAAGAGUCGGAGCUUUCCUUGUGUACGUGCGUUUUUCUCGUGGAAAUGCACAAAUCGAGUCCUCAAGGGGUUUCUCUCUGCUUUUGCUGACCUUCCCAUUAGCAGCCUGUGUGGUUUCAUAUCACCUGAGAAUGAGUGUGGUCAGAAAUCGCUGAAGUUAUAUUGUGGGUGGGGAGGGAGGGGAGGGGUUGCAACAAACUUUGGAAAAACGAGGGGGUACAUUUGCAAUCCAGACUCUGUGCUGCUAGGGGCGGGUGUUGCGGCGAGACAAGGGGCUGCCGCUGAAAAUGGCAGCCGCCCUCCUGCGGCGACACAGAGACGCCAGAUCUAGAUUUUGCAGGGAGCCCUGCAUGGGAUUGGGGUUUUUGCAUAUGCAGAAUCUACUUCUCCCGUCAGCUAGGGAUCCUGGGCGCGGGGCUCCUGCACAAGUCUGCCUUUCAUCCCAGUGGGACUUUUGCGAUUCUGUCCUUCUGGAUCCUCUGCAGUGGUCGAAACGCGACAGUGUCGGCCUGGGACACCGGAGUCAGCAGCACAAGAGUCAGUUUGUGCGCUGAAAGUGUUCCCCGUGUUCUUUUUUCUCUUUUGAGAUCAUUUUUUUUCUCUCACUCCUGAAUUUUGCACAGCUAAUAAGCUCCGGAAUACCGUUUCGGGUAUCCUCAAAAGGGAAAAUUGUAACUAGCAUAGCGAGGGAAGGUAAAAACGUAAACUGUGAGUUGUUAGAACUGCGUUGCUAAAUCUAAUUUUAGAUGUACCUCAGAAAACUAGUAAGAAACUGCUUUGUCCUUUUACCUAGUUGUGAAAGACUCGCAUAACAAAUUCUUCUUUUUUUUUUUUACCAGGUGCCAAAAUUAAUUUUUCAUACUAGUUUUCAACCCG